GUUUUGAACGCAAGGGGCGCUAGGGGCAUAUGGAGGAUUUUCUUUUCAUGGGGUGUGUGUGGGGGGGGGGUUAAUUAUCAUAUGUAUAUGUCAGUUUCAGGAAGGGGGUUGUACUUGGAUAGCCCGUAGCAACCUUUAAAAAAAGAGGGGAAAGAGAGAGGAGUGGAAAAGGAUCAGAGGAAUUAAAAGUGCAGAAGUAACUCCGUCGGAUCACACAAGCUCACCCGGAGCCUGACUUUCGACGCGGCCGGGCGUGCAAGUUGCUUGCCUCUCUCUGCCCAUUCAUUGGCAAGGGACUGGCCGAGUUGCAAGCUCCGCUCCUGCCGCCAGCCGGGAUUGGUUGGAUUCCCGAUCACGCUGCGCCAAACUUUCCCAACUUUUUAAAAACUUUCGCUUCCCUCUGUGUUGUGCUCUUUUUGCAUGGUCUUCGCAGCCGACGAGGGAGCUGCUACUCGCGCGCUUUCUGCUGCCUGGGAAGAGGAGAAGGAGGAGGAAAACUUCCCCGCGGACGCCGAAGGGCCCUGGCCAAGGCAGCCACAGGAACAAAAGUCUGCAGCCGCCUGCAGAACCCCUUCCUCCUGCUCGCUCUUCCGACGUGAGCAGGCAGCGAGCAGCCCCAGCCUCGGCGCCCGGAUUCCCCUGCUGCUCCCGGCCCAGCGCGACCCCCGAGCGGCGAGAAGGAGACGCAGCUGGGAAAGGCGAUUCCCCUGCCUGCCAUGCAGAACUACAAGUACGACAAGGCGAUGGCUCCCGAGAGCAAGAACGGCGGCAGCCCUGCCUUGAAUAACAACCCUAGCAAAAGCCCCAGCAAGAAAGCUUUGCUCAUUUGCCUCGACCUCUUCUGCCUCUUCAUGGGUGAGAUUUAAAACUUGAGCGACUCUCUCUCCCCCCUCUUCCCCAUCUUAAUUCACUUUCCUCGGAUUUUAUAAGAAGCCGUUCCAGAGGGUUGCACAACUACUUUUUUCCCCUCCUUCCAGCAGUCUCUCUGCUAAAACUAACCAGUCUCCUAUUCUUCUUUCCAUUCUUCGUCUUUACUCUUUUGGUUGCUCACUUUUGUUCUCUCCUUUCUUGCUUUUUAAAGAAACCAAAACACCACAAAACUUUGUGACUGGGACAUAACAAAUCUUCUGGAGCCGCUCUCUGCUUUGCAAGAAGACAGUUCUUCGGAAUAGAUUCCUCUCCUCUCCUCAUCUUGCAUCCUGCAAGCUUUAUUUUUUUUCCCUUUCCCCUGACCUUUUCUGCUUUCAUGAUGGGUUAUGAUGCCAAAGGAUAAAAAUGUGGGAGGAAAAAGCAAGCAGAAACAAAGCAAAGCGCUCCACUGCGUUGCAAAAGAGCUCUUAAGUAGCAAUAUAUGCUGUACUGUGUGUACAAAAUGCACUAGCUAGGGCAGCCGGGCGUUGUUGAUGCCAAGAAGGUUUUUUUUGUUUUUUUUAAGGGCUUCAUUUUACUCUAGGAAAGCACCCAGCGAAACCACAGAAACGUAUGGAAACCCAAAGCAGCCCUGGUGCCCGUCCAAAUAAAAUGGAUGUCCCAGCAAAUGAGCUGAGCCUCAUAUGUAAACAAAGCAUCUCCCAUCCCAGCUGGCCCCUGAGGAGCAGCCAGGGAAACAAGGCAUGCUUUUCACUUGGUUGCUCCUGGUUAAAGAAUAGGCUUCAAAGGUGCCCUCCAAAGGAUUUUCUGUAGUGGGAAAGGGAGCGAGGGAGUGUUUUGUGUGCCUUUCAAAAGAAAAAGGAGAAAGGAAUUGCAAUGAUCUCAAGAAAAGAUCCAGUUAGCAGCAGUUGUCCUGAAGCUGAUUUUGCUCUCAAACCACUUUGUGGCUGAAAGAUCCCCAGUUUUCCAAGGGAAGGGGUAAAAAUGUGGCUUGCAGAAAAGAGAGGAGAGGUGAAGUUUGGCUGUGCUGUUUGGUACACACACACACACACAGAGGAACACACAUCUGUGACCUGUCAGUGUUAAGAGGGGAAAGCAUGUGCUGCAGUACUUGAUCUGCUUUGAAUUCUACCUUGUGGAGUUCCAGGGAAGUGUGUCUUGGUUAAAACGGGGGCGCUCCUUAAAACGAGGGUUCCUGAAGUUGUCUUGAAAGGGUAUAGGAAACAAAGAAAGAGCAAACCUUUCCUCUCUGUUAGGGCUCUUGCUUCUUUAACCCAACAGGAAAGCCAGCAGCGCUAGCUCUCCAUGCCUGGAAAGGCUUCACCUUUGACAUUUCUGUCUACCAUUCAGCUGUUAAUGGCACAGAAACCCUGCCUGAGGAAAUGUUAAAAGGUGACAAUCCUACCAUGUAGCUAUGGUGUCUUAGCUAGCUUAUGGUGGCUUUUAUGCCACCAUUCUUGAUCGGAGGCAUAGAGUAUUCCAAAAAGGUGGCAAGUGUGCAGAAGCUUGGGCUAAGACACUCGGGUGGAUCAGGCAACCUGGUGCCCUUCAGAUGUUUGGGACAGCAUUUCCACAGGCUGUGCUGGCUGGGGCUGAUGGGAAUUGUAGUGCAAAGGGCGUGUUAAAGGAUGUCUGGAUAUCCUAUCUGUUCCUGAAAAAUAUCUGUCUGCUUUAGGAAAACUGCAAACCAUCCAGGGCAGAAAGAUGCUCUCUAUCUGAAAAGAUUGUUCCUUUCUUCAGACUGUCAGUGCUCCAAAGAACUUUACAAAACAAACAGUGCUGUUGUCAUAUGGCGCCCGUUUUCUCUUGAUAGUGAAGAUACAGUGCUGAAUUGCCCCUUUAAAUAGAUCGCCAUAGGGAAAAGUAAAAAUGCAUGUCUCAAACUUCUUACUCUAAGUAAGCUUGGAGACACUGAAAGGAUUACUCCCUUUUGAAGUUCUCUGAGUGUCCUGGCUCCAGUGAUUUAUUAUGCUUGAGGGGUUGUGAUGUUUAGAGAAAGAACAAAAUAAGGAUGUCAGUUCACCUGACUGAAUCCAGAUCAGGGCCAUUUCACAUUCAAGACGAAGGUUUUCUAAUGAGUGACUUUAUGUGUUUUCAAAGUCUUCCUCCUGCUUCAAAUGUUUAGGUACCCUUAAAAAUGCAACGUGAGAUGCCAUUGGCAUUAAGAGACUGUGGAAGGGAAUCCCAGCUGGUACAGAAUGGAAUGAGACACUGUAGUUUACACUAGUAGCAUCUGGCUUUGUUGGGAUCUGUAAUAAUGCUGACUGCUGUCCAAUCUGCACAAUUUGAUGUGUAUAUAAUAACAGUGCGUGUUAAGAGCAAUUAAAUCCCAAGAGCUGAAUAGCUCUACUAUAGUGUAAGUGGAGUAUUGGCAUGUUCCCCGGCGCUUGAGAUGCUGUAUAGGUGUAAGGCUUUAUUUUGGGAAAAGAGAAUCUUCUCUCAUUGUUCUCUUAUGUAUCGUAUGAUGAACAUUUAGUGAACCAGCAUCUUCAAAAGAUCUUUGUGUCUGCUGCUCAUUUCUCUUGAGUAGAAAUCCAUUGUGUUUGGUGAACCAAUCAAUAACCACUCUGUAUCACUUAAGAAAUUCUAAGAGUUUUUGAAUGUGGAAAUCUUCUUGAUGGGCUCACGGUCAUACUAUUUCAGUUCACGUUAGUUGGUGUUUUGUCAUUAACUUUAAAAGACGCAAUAUGAAGAGGGAUUGUGCUCAAUGAACAUUUUUUAACACACAAAAAUUUUCUCCUCUGUCAUCAUAAUGACCUGUUUAUAGGGCUAAGUGCAAAAAAGAAAAGGGAUAUAUCUGUAAACAGAGUCUAGGGGGCACUGUGGUGUAGUGGAUGGCGUGUAAUUCACCAAGGCAAUUCAUGAUGGUACAUUGAGUCAAGGACUUGAGUUCCAAUCCUGAGCAUUAGUUAUUGGGAGAGUAACCCAACAUUUGUGUGCUAUACCAGCUAUGCAUUGUAAACAACAAUGCUUAUUAAAUUGUUGGAAUUUAGUAUUGAGGAAGCAGUAUUGUGGUAACAGCAGAGGGGGCGAAUCACAGUUAUAGGAAAAAGUGCUUAAGAAACAGUGAGCUGAGUUUGAUAGCUGGAUUACAUCAUUUAUAGUCCAGGGACAACUCUGAAAGAUAUAACAGAUCUUUGUCUUGGGCCACUCUACUCUAUGAAAUAUGGACAUAGAUGGUGCAUCUUUGUACAGGUAUGUUACAAUGAGAUGAGUAUGGAGUGGCACCUUAGUGGCUAAUUAGUUUAUGUGAUACUGUACAAGCAUUUAUAGACAAUACUUACUUGGAUGUCUGAAGUUCACUGAGAAAAUGCUAGGUAGGUAAAACUCACAAGGAUCAAUUUAACAAGGUGAGAGCUAACAAUAAUAACACAUCUCUUGACUACUGGAGCACUCCAUGUCUCUACUAUUAAAUAUUUUUAGUGCUUCAGUAAUCAUAUACUGUAUUGCCAUGAAAGCUUAUGCCAUAAUCAAUUUCUUAAAAAGAGUUGGGAUCUUCUGGAAAACAAGAAAAAGAUAAAAAUAAGAUACCACAAGAGUAUGGUUUUUGAAGGCAGCUACCCCUCUGGAAACACAUUAAGCUUAUUACAAAUUUCACAAGGUGAAAUUUUAUGCACACUUGCUUGGAAGUAAUGAAUUCUGGGAGCUUUACUAAUGACUGAACACAAAUAGGAUCAGGCUGCGAGUUUUAACACUGUGAAAAUUAAAGAGAGUUGUGUCUUCUCCUGUGCUUCCAAUGAGGCACUUGCCUCAGUUGUUAAGCCAAUGCACCGUAUCUUGUCAUUCUGCCCCUGUACUCCCAAGUAGCUACCCAGCUGUGAAUAUUUAGUUGUAACAUUGUAUGAACAUCUAGCAGGGUCCGGUAUUGGAAGAAAGCUACAGGACUGCAAACAACUUUUUCUAUGAAUGGUUUACAUGCUGAAGAAUCUUUCAGUUACACUUACGUUACAAAAUGAAUGGAUUUCCAAGAAAGAAAAGAAGAAGACAACAGCAUGUGACUUCAAUUAUCCAGAUACCACAGCCUUUUAACACUGAUUGUUUCUGCUUAGAGCACAUUUUUCUUCAUACUGUCAGUUUGGUUUAAUUUUUGCAGUUUAUUGUUCAUCUGUUCUCUAUUAUCAGGCACAAAUAUAUUAGGCAGAGAGAGAGAGAAUAAUAAUAGCUUUUUGCUUUAUAAUCCCACAUGAAUAUGGACCUGUGGAAAAAGUUUCAUCCUCUAGUGUCUGGAGGAAAUGAACUAUUUGAUAUGUACAGCAUAAAAGUGAUUAGUAGAAACAUAGGAUCCUUUAUCCUAAGAACAUAAGAGGAGUCCUACAAAAGCAGACCAAUGGCAUUUCUAUUCCAGAAUUCUGUUCCCACAUUGGCCAACCAGAUGCCGGUGGGAAACCCUUGAGGAACUGGUAUUUGGUGUCAUAUGGCCUCUUAUACUGGGAUUAAAAGCCUUAUCAUGCAUGAAAUUGUCUAAUUUGCUUUUAGAUCUUUCCAAAUUGGUGGCCAUCGCUACAUGCUGUGGUAGUGAAUUCCUUCAUUCAAUUAAGGUGCUACGCGGAAAAGUACCCCUUUAUCUCCCUGCCCCAUCUUUUCUCCAAAUUAAAAGCCCCAAAAGUUGUAGCCUCCAGCCCCCUUGGUUACCCUUUCUGCAUCUUUUCCAGCUCCUUUUCUGAGGUGCAAAGAGAGCAUGCAAGGGAUCAGAUUGCAUGGCCUAACUCUAUUUAUCCCUGCUUUCCAGGAGUGCACAAAUCAUAGAACUGUAGAGUUGGAAGGGACCACGAGGGUCUUCUGUUCCAACCUCCUGCAAUGCAGCAAUCUUUUGCCCAAUAUAUGGGGCUCGAACCCACAACCUUGAGAUGAAGAAUCUGUUGCUCUACCGUGGUGUUUCCCAAACUUGGGUCUCCAGCUAUUGUUGGACUACCUCAUCCCUAGCUAGCAAGACCCAUGGUCAGGCAUGAUGGGAACUGUAGUCCAAAAACAGCUAGAGACCCAAGUUUGGGAAACACUGCUCUGCCAAAUGAGUUAUCCCAGCUGCCAUCAAUAUGGUGUGGGGACCAGGUGUGAGAACCUGCUAGCAGAUAUUCACAGCUCUGUAGCCAGUGCCUUGUGGUCCCCGCCCCCCCUCACUUCACUUGUUCACCGUGCUAUAACAGUGGCUGUAGACCUGGACAUGUCAAACAACAUCUUCAGAGUGGUAGUGAUACAUGUGCACAUGUGAGAAGAACAAGGGAAUUUACUACCUGCCCUAUGUUUAACCAUGCCAUUAACACCUAACUGCAUAUCUUCCGAGAGAUGCACAUGCUAUUCUUGCAUUGGGAGACUGCCAGCACUCUUUCACACAUCGACAAUCCCAGGAUGUGCAGAAUGUAUGCCACUUUGCUUUUAGGAAUGUUUCUAAGAGCAUUUAGCCAAGCAUGUAGAAGCUCCCUUCAGACCUCUGCAGGAAGGUGGAUGGACUAGGUGCCCCUAGCGCACCUGGAGACAUUGGGGGUUGGGCCAGCGUGCACACUGCCAUUCCUCUCCCUAGUUUGAGCUCUUCAUUCCUUUUGAACACUUGAAGAAGACUCAGCUCAUUCAGUCAUCCAGAUAUGUGUAGUGAGUGCAGUACAAUUACAUAGUGUUCUAUCAGUGAUGGGAAUGAAUGAGCUUCUUAAGUACCUGCUGUGUUGCAAAAUUAUUCUGUGCUUCAGACUUUAAUCCCAUGGACACUUACUUGGAGUAAGUCCCCUUGAAGGUUUUUGGAUUUAUUUCUAGAUAAACAUGGGUAGGAUUGUGCUAUCAGCUGCAUGUCAAGAGCAAAGGUUCUUGGGAGCUUUUCAGAUGAUGUAUUGUUAGAAGUGCAUUUCCUCCUCAGUGCAGGUUACAUAUUGGAGAUAUUCCUGCAGGAUUGCAAAAGCCCUUGAUUCUGAUCUAAUCCUAACUUGACACUUUGCUUUUCACAUGGCUGUUUGAAGCAACAAGUGCUUUUUAGUUAAGGAAAACCAGAGCUUGUUGGAGAAGAUCUAGUGUUAUGUUAAAUAACUUUUGUUCAGAGUUAAUGGAUUAUUGAAAGUUCCACCUGAGUCAUAACACUGAGUGGCAAGUUGCUAUUCCUCAGCCUCCAAUAUCUAAAACAGGAACAAGAACGUUGUGAGUGAAAAUUAAUUAAAGAUGGUAAAAGACUUUGCAUAUUCAAAUUAGUUCUCUUUUAUUACUUAGCUAGAACAUAUUUAGUUUUCAGUAUGAUAGAACCCAGGUAUAGAGAUGCUAGGCUGGUUGAAUAUAAGGAAUUUACAGUGAAAUCUUCUACACAUGUACUUAGAAUCCUACAGAUAUUUUACCUGGGAGUAAAUGCUGAGCAAACAUCUAUGAAUUGCACAAUUAUACUUAUAAAUUUGGAAUGAUGGGUCAGGUUUGUAUACGUCUUCUCCUCCUUGCCAUCUUAGUAAUAAUUCAUUUUCUAUGUUUCACAAAAGCACCUGAAUGUUCCAUUUUAUUAUUCACAGAUGCAGAAGAAAAAAAGAAAAAUAAUGAUUAUAAAAAUAAAUGCUGUGUUGGACUAUUGUUUUGUAUAGACUACCUGGAGCCAAUUAAUAGCAGGAAAAACUGAGUCUUAAAUUUCUUAUGAUUGGAUGUCAGAAAUAAUUGGCUACAACUGGUACUUACAAACUACUCCUAGUGUGAAUUAAUGUUUCUUCUCAUGUUCUACUCCUAAUCAUUAAGAAAACUGUUUAUCUGAAUGGUGGAAAAGUUGGAUUUUGAUUAAGAAUAAUUAAAGUCAUUAAUAAAUUUCCAGGCAAGGAAUUUAUUUACUUUCUAUUGAUGAAUUGGUUGAAUAUAUUUUGCUUCUGAAGCCCUUGUUUCCUACCAGGAUUAUUCUUCAAAUAGACCUCAUCAUAGAAAUGCUUGCCCAUUUGGUUUAGGACUGUUUGCAACCUUGUGAGAAGUUACAUCAGAGAUGGUUGAUUAGAUUAAACUUUAUUUUUUCCAUGGUUUUGCUUUUAUUUAUAUCCUGAAUAACUUGAGGUAUUAAUGGUGGCAUUAGAUAUUCCCCAGGCUUUUUACAACUCUGUGUAAUAUAAAGCAUCUUGCUUGAUUUUGUCUGAGGCUUGCUGAAACACUUUCAAUGUUUGCUCCUCUUAGAAGGGCAGUAUUUGGACUGGCAACUUUGUAUAUCCAUGUCACAGUUGCCAUCCAGAUUCAGCUACUGAGCUUUAUUUUAUUAUACCAGCCAAUUACUCAACAAGAGCAACCGAGGGGAUAACGAGCUGAUAAUGUGCUUGCUAUCUCUUCUGCUUGUGUGAGCUCUGCUGGACUUAGUGGUUUGUAAGAAUAACUUCCAAAGUAAAUGUCAUCCUAAAGUGUUGGUGCCUGGAACAGAGGACAAAUGCUAUAUGGGGGAUGUUGAGAAAUAACGGGUCUCCUUUAAGAAUUUUGGGUUCCUGAAUUGAUUUAAUAGCCAAAAGAGAAAGAAUAGACAGGAAACGGGUCUGCAACCUGAAGUAUAUAAGAUCUCAUGAAAUCAAUAAUUCACUAAUCUAGCUUGCUUUCUAUUACAUAAUAAAUCCAUUUCUUAUAGUUGGUACUGGAGCAUAUGAAAUAUUAGUUCUGCUUAGCCCAUUUCUGUGUUUCAUCAUUAACUGCAUCUCACCCUAAGGCAUAAGAAAUGUUCUUCUAUUGAGACAGCUGUUUGGUUACUCCAAGGCUGGGGAGCCUAUGGCCCUCCAGAAGUUGGACUCUAAUUCCCAUCAGCCUCAGCUAGCAGGGCCCCUUCUCUAUGCUCCAUGGAAUAGAAUGGACUCCCCACUUGCUACUGAUGUUGUUAUAGCAGCUGUACUUCCCUACUGCCAGUUAUUCAAGCUGUGAUCAACCUGGAGAAGCACUGGCAGCCACAGUCUAAGAUUAUGACAGAUUUGGUAUGUUUGAUUCAGCAUUGAUUGCUGGUUCCAUUUACAUCAGCAAAUGCUUGUUCUGUAUCAUACUAAAACGAGCUUUUUAAUAUAGAUAUUGGUUAUUCCUGAGAAGUAAGGCUUGUGAAGGACAGGAAACAGUCUCAAAACAGUAAGGAGGAGUUUUGCAGCCCCUGGCAAUGUUGCCCAGUUCCCCUUUUUUCCUGCCACUGCCAUUUUUCCAGCGCCUUUUCACCCUUCUGUGUACCAGAUAUAGUGGAACCACAGGAUAUAAAUAGCCCAUGCUCCCAAUAUUCACUCAGGCUGCAAGGGAAAGGACUUACCCUCUAGGUAAGCCUGGGAAACCAAUCCUGAAAUGCUGGCGAGCAUUGCCAAUCCUUGCAAACAAUACUAAUUUUCCAGUUGUUUCAAUAGUCUGAAUUGUUUUAAGGCAGGUUCCUAUUGGCACUGUGUUUCCAAGGUGACAGGAUAUUUGCAUGCCUGAUUUGAAACCACACCUUAUAAUAGGUUCUGAUAACAUCCCAGUGGACAAUCCAUUAUCAACAUUUCCAUUUUUACAGGUUGGAAGAAGGUGUUAAAAGACAGGUGUGUUUGAGUGCUCACGAAACAGACUUUGUACCUCUGUCAACCAGCUUAAUUCUCUACACAUAUUGCAUUGCCAGCUUUGAACCCUGAAUGGUGUGCCAAUAUGGUUGCCACUAGGAGAAAAUAAAGUCCUUCUUGUUUUAGUAGUUCUGAUGCAGGAAGACCUUAUAUGGGAAUGAUGACAACUCCCCAGUCAUCCAGAUUUCCCUUUUAUGCUGGAAGGAGAAUGGACCACUGAAACACUGGGGAGAAUGCUUUAACACCCAGGGUAGUUUAUGUUUGCAUAUUUGAAGGCGAUGUCAUGAAAUAAGCUUAUGUACUUACAUGAACUUUUGAGGAAGGGUCCUGCAAUUUCACUGUUGUUGAAAUGGGAUCAGCACCUGAAGGCCUACAUUGCAGAGGCACCGCAUUGUGCCGUAUUUCAAACAUGCUUUCAUUUCAUUCUGUUUUUUAAUCCCUUGCAUAUCUUGCAACUUUCAGCAUACCAGAGUUUAUACAUUCCCACAAUGUGUAGGCUCUUUUGCUGGUGGGAAACUAAGCCCCUUAAUCAGGCUUCUGUGCAUGAGGCUUUUGUUUUGACAGCUGUCAAAAGAAAUUCAGAAGGUAUAGCUUUCACUUGAUUGGUGGAUGAUUCAACUAGUUACAAGUCUAAGGACUCUAAGCGGCAGGAGAAGCAUGUGAAAUUGCCAGAAGUUGUGAUUGCUUUGAAAAAGUAGGCAAGUGAUAAAACAGAGAGUUAAGCUACCUUUAGAUGGAUUUGGCCGACAGUUUUUAUGCUCAUGGUUAAGGGAGAAAAAAACCCCCUCUAGUGACAACUUGUAAUUAAAAAGAAAAUCAAACUGGAGUAGAUCAAAUGAAUCAGUCACUUUCUCAGUCUUGAGCCCCAUAAAACUCUACUUCUUAUGUUAUCCAAUAAGCUUUUUUUAAAGAUACUUGAUUGACUGGGUAUUAGGCCUGUCAGUGGAAGCUAACCCUAAAAGCCAAACUCAAUCUCCAUUUUGAGAUUUUUUUUCAGAGCUAGAGCUGAUGGAAAUUGUAGUCCAAAAUGAAUGGACUGCACCAGGUUGGCAGGUUGACUCCUUUAGCUCAUACCUUGGGCUGGAGUGUAACUAUUAGGAAUGUAUAUCACUGUUAUUGUGUUCUGAUUGUGAACCUGCAUCUUGUCUGAUCUUUUGUCAAGAAGUUUUAUGGACCAUUGAUAUGACUCAGCCUGAAAAUUCUUACUUGUUCUUGAUUUUGCUGGGGAAGUUAAUUGAUUCAACUUGCAAAAUAAUGAGCUGUGUGUGUAUAUUGUAUAUGAUUUCAUCACAGAGUGUUUGCUUAGCAAGAGGACUUCCUCAAUAAAUUGUCUUGGGACAAUUCGAAUUAGCUCUCCUCUGCAUUAUCAGUGCCUACAGGCAAUGUGCUGCUGACAAGGUUUAGCAACAUCUGACAAGUGAAUCAGUGCAUGAUUGUGUUAUCAUUGCGUUAAAAGUUGCAUUGUGUUAAAAGGAGUGUUGGUGAAGUAAUAGAGUGCUUCUAAAAUGAUGGAAUCAGAACCUAUUGGUUAAACGUCAGAAACCUGUGGCUGACAUUAGUGGAUGAUGUGAACCUCUCCCUUUCUUUUCAUUACAUUCAUUCCAGACUCCAAAGAUCAGAUGAGUCUUUUACGUACCUUUUGGCAGAGUUUUAAGAAGCAGCAUGGCGCAGCCUGCAAGGAAUAACAGUUUUGAUGAGACUGGAAAGAGGUGACCGUUUGGAUAUCAUUGUAGAGUGGGCAAUAGAAGCAGGAAGGAAAGGAGUAGGGUAACUCACACUUUACAAUGUUGUAUGCAAGGUCCUAUAUUUUGAAGACUUUGUCAGCUGUAGUCCUGAUGAAUCCUGGGAAACUAAAUGGGUGAUGGAAUGUUGAGGAGAGAACAGAUAGGCAGGAAAAUAACAGGCCCUGGACAAGUGAAUUCAGGGACUUCACAAAUGAAUUCUAUUCUCACCCUGGUGUAUUUGACCUUAUGCUUGUUGUUUUUAAUGAACUAGCCUUCCAUGCUAAGUUAGCAGGUGCCUAAAAGGGAUAGGUAGGCUAAAAUGGUGAGUAGAAGUGGGCAAUCGUUUUGAUUCUGAGGGACACUUGCAGCAGUGGGCAGUCAGUCGGAAACUACAUGCCAGUGAGCACUGCCUAGCCGUACCCUUCACCACCACAUCCUCUCUCUCUCUCUCUCUCUCUCUCUCUCUCUCUCUCACACACACACACAUCUUUGUAUGCCUCAUACACAGAUACACACCCUCCCUGCCUCUGUCACACACUUAAGAGACACAUAACCCCACUCUCUCAUACACAAGCACAACUCACCCCCCACAUAUGCACACUAUAACCCAUCCCCAGCUGCGUUAGAAUUGCUAGAAAGGGCCCUGCAAGUGAAAGAAAAUAAUUGUCACAGCAAUCUUGUGUCACUGAUGCAGCUAAUAUAACCAUUGCUGCAUUGCUUAGCAUCUAUUUCACACCUGGGCAACUUGUGGUCCUUGCCCUAAUUACUGGACAAAACAACAGACCUAGUGCUAGACAAAACAGUGUGUCCUAUCCCGUCCCAUGCCUCUCUCUUUAGAGAAAAGGGAGUGUAGUUCCAGCCUUUAGUAACAUUUUUCAAAGUUUCAAGCACAUUUAUGCUUAUCUACGUUCUCUUGUAUUACAGUCUGACACCAGGAAUGGAAGGGUGCAAAGUGUUAUGACGUCCCUAUAUUGCAGGGAGUACCAGAAUAAAUUUUAAAAACCACCCCAAAAAACAACAACUGAGCUUAUUGGUACAUCUUUAACCUUCCUCUGAUAGCAUGGAGAAUGGGCUCAGUUGUUUUGUCUGCCUUCAAGGAUCUCUGCAUGCUCUGCUGUGGAACAGGGUGGCCCUGGGUUGGGUGAGGAGGGCAGAAAGUAGAAGACAGGCAAGGUCACAGAGUCUGAGAAACUUGUCUAGAAAGGAUCCUGUAUUAGUGGUGGUUCAGAGAGAUUCCUUUCCAAGUUUCCCACUAAAAUAAAUAAAUAAUACAGACACCUGUCAGUUGGAACUUCAAGUGAAAACAGUGGUGCUUCAGAAGCUAAUUUUGUGUUAUUUGGUGCAAUCAGCUGCCUAGACUGCUGUGCUUCUGUUGAUCACCAACUUGAGGUUUUGUGGACAGUGGCUUUAGUACCGUAUUUUUCGCCCUAUAGGACCCACCGGCCCAUAGGACGCACCUAGAUUGGGGGGGGGAAUAAAGGGGGGGAAAUUAUUUUUCCCCCUCCCCGAGCUUCCCCUGACCCCAGCUCCCAGAACAGGAAGCUCUCCGCAAGCCCGAGUUUCCCCCUCCCCCAGCCCCCAGAACGGGACCCAGAGCCAUGCCGAAGCUGCGCGCAGCUUUGGCAUCGCUCUGGGAGCUUGCGGGGCUGGGGGAGGGCGAAGCCCUCCGCCAGCCUCCAAACCAGGUCGGGAGACAGUGGGAUGGCACGCUGCGCCUCCCCGCUGUCCCCCGAGUUUGCGGGGCUGGCGACGGGGAGGAGCAGGCUUCUCCCCCCCGCCAGCCUUCUAACCAAGUCGGGGGACAGCGGGAAAGGCACGCUGCGCCUCCCCGCUGUCCCCCGAGCUUGUGGGGCUGGCGGUGGGGCUCUCCAGGCUUCAGCGAAAGCCUGCAUUCGCCCCAUAGGACGCACACACUUUCCCCCUUCAUUUUUGGAGGGGAAAAAGUGUGUCCUAUAGGGCGAAAAAUACGGUAACUCUUUGCCUUGUAAUAUACUAGUAUUUUGACAGAUUGAUGCACACACACACACACCCUUUAGCUACCCACUGCACUUGACAACAAGUGAGUGGCAAAACUGUAUCGCAUGUUUAAAUCCCAAAAUGCUGUUCUUCUAAACUGGUCCUUAGUGCAAUCAUGUUGAAAACCUUUUUUUUUUUUUUAAAGAAAACCGUUGAGUUGCCCAAGGGUCUGAUUCUGCCUGUGCUAUAAUAGCGUCCAAAGCAUGCAAAUUAAUUCUGUUUCCAGACCUAAUGGAGGCAGAUUCCCCCUCCUUUUAAUGAAUUUGGUAAAGCAUUUAAUUCAAAAAGGGCCGAAAUACGGACAGAACGUGAAGUAUGUGUGUGCUCCAGCUCUUUGAAAUUUGUUUCAGUCCUGGGGAGGGGAGGCAUUCCCCAACCCCACCCCCCCAGCCGCAAAAGUUGUUAGCAGAGGUCAGUCCCUGCUGUCCGUAAUUUGCACAGAAGCCCGAGUUCGCUGUCUUUCCCACUGUUGCUUUUCAGUGCAGGCAUUGUAUAAGCCUGGUAUCCAUGGCAACCGGCCAAGAACUUCAAGCUAAGAUCUCCUUAGCAAAAGAGAGUCUGUCGCCAUGGUUUUGAGGAAAGCAUUGAGAAAAGAAUACCAUAAUCCCAGAAGGUUUUGGUAAACUGGUCAUUUGAAUGCAGUUAACAGUAUUUCUUGCUCAGGCAGCCCUCAUAGAUCCUCAGAGGAUAAAUGCUUCGUUCCCAGAAAGUCUCCCCCCUCAUAAAAGGGGGGGGGGGAAAGAAAGCAUUUUAAUUGAUUACAGAUAAUUGAUGCGACUCACUAAAUCACUUGGGAGUAGUCUCACAUCGAUCAUAAGUGGACUUUGUUCCAUGGGGAAAAAAAUCUGUGGAUCCAAGCCAAGUAUUUGCCAGUUUUACUUGAGGUCCACUGAGGCCUGUGUGGAAAUCCUUCUCCCGCAUAAUCUCACACCCCCAAUUAUUGGGAGGACAUAUGGAGACUCUAGCAGAAGAUGGCAGGUAGUGGUUAGUUGGUUAGUUAGUUAGUUAGUUAGUGGCAAUUAAGCAUCUAGAAAAGUUCUAACCCUGCCAUGCCUUAUAUCCUUCCAGUUCACUACUUCAGUCAUUUCUGCCCAUUCGUAGCUCACUUCUGGUAUUGGGCCCAGGAAUGGUGGAAACCUGGCUGGAGCAAUCAGCUAUCAGGAGGUAAGGCAUGAGAGGUGAAAGGUUAAUGGCCCCUUUUGCCAGCUCUAUCCCCUGCUUUCCAUUUGAAUAGGGUGGACACAUGAAUGAUGGUUAUGUCCAAUUUGGCCCACUGAAGAUUUGGGUUAAAACUCUGCUAAACUCAGGAAAUACACCAAGACUGCAACCACACUCAUUUUUUGCCCUGGUUCAAAGAAAGAGGGAAAUUGCUUUUCCCUCUCCUUACAUUCUGAUUGGCACUAAUUUGAUCAAUGCAUGCACACUGAGCAGUAGGGAAAAGAAGACAGACUCAUCACAUCUUGGGAAGCUGCUUAUCAAAAAACAAGUAAGAGAGAAGGAGACUGGGAAGUCCGGAGGUGGCAUAGAGUCUGCUACCUCAAGUACUUCCUAUUUUAACAAGACAGACAAACCACAAACCACAAGUCACCAAAGGGUAACUGAGGCACAAACCACUCUGACAACUUGGCGAGCUGAAUCUUUUUAGUGCCUGAACUUUCUUUUUUGUUGUGGGUUUGCUUUCUGUUCCUCUUUUACUGAAGUCUAUGAUGGCCUGAGAAGAAUGGUAAGGUAGGACAGAGGUUUAGCUUGGUCCUGCUGGUGGACCUUGUUCUUUGAAUCUUGCUCAUGGUUCUAUGUAGAAUCCAUCUGCCCUUAGUAAGAUUGGAUGGUGAGACUGGUUUGUUCCCUUAUUUUGCCUUUUGACAUGGAUUUCCUGACAGAAUGAUUUGGGUGUAUCCUAAUAACUGACAUUUCUGUUUCUGGCACACUUUGUACCACCUGCUGUUUGCUUAAGAUAGACCAACUAAUGCAUUACUUGUAGUUCAUUAAAGUGGGCAUAAGCAACAUUGUGCCCCCCAUAUGUUUUGGAUGACAGCCCCCAUAAUUCCUGACCAUAACUAUGCUGGCUGGGGCUGAUGAGAGUUAUUGUCCAACAAAGUCUGAAGGGCACAAUAUUGACUAUCCUAUAGGCACUAUUGUUGAUGGUGGGAGGCUAAAGUGAUAACUAAUCUGAAAGACAUGGAAGCCCUAGUUUCACUCUAGGAUCCCUAAAGACUAUCUUGUUAACAUUGAUCUUAUUGAAGGUUUCGCUCUACUAUCUAUGAGACAACACUUUUCAGAUUUUGGAAAAGCCAGUGCUCAAUUAAAUAAAUCUUGUGAAGUUUACAGGUCCAACUUUGUCUCAUUAUGAUGUUUAUGCCUCUUCAGUCAAGUAGAGGAAGGGCCCCCAGAGACCAGGUAAAUAUUCACAUUAAUGACUGUCUCAUGAAAAACAAGAACCAAGGACUGAGGGCUAAAUUAGACAUCAAUAAGAUAAAAUGCUGUUUUCCUCCUGCACGUACAAUUGUCACAAUACGGAACAAAAACUUGUACACCAUCUGUGAAGAAUGCACAUUGCUAUAUGUCUAUUUUGUCACAGGUACACAUUACUGUGUAAAACCUUGUGUGCAGUUCUUCCUUCCUACAGAGAGCUGCUACCUACUGAGGACAAAAGUCUUGUGUGUAAAGGAGCGCUUGGUUCUGUGUAUUUCAAGGCCUUUGUUGAAAUGCCAUUAAGGGUUAGAGUAGCGUGUGAGCCAGCUUUUGAGAAAGAAUACUUGCUCUCACCCUCCUUUCCCUUAAAAGGAUAAGUUUUGUGAUGUCCUUUUUGGGUUUUUUUUUUACUCAUUUGGCAUGAAUCUUUCACAAACACAAACCCAUGGAAAAGUCAAAUAGAAUUUUGGAGGGAGCCCAUUUAAGGGGAGAGAGAAAUAUCCUCACACGUUUUAAGGUUACAAAGAAGCUUUCUGAAGAUUUGGCUACGUCUGUCCUAGGCAAUGUAUUCCAAAACCCAGCCUUUUCUUUUUCUGGCAUCACAGAGCAGACUGUACACCAGCAAGCAUCUUCUUCAACUAAUUCCCUGGCAUGUGCAUGAUUAGCCUUUAAAGGUGAUCAGUCUGAGGGCCAAAUUAGGCAUUAAAUCAGGCUUUGCAUUUAACCCACAUGGUUGUUGUUGUUGUUUUUUAAUGCAGAUAAUAGCUGGGGGAGAGCUAAUAAUUAUCAGGAUAGCAGCCAGUGGGGAAAAGGGAUUUUAACCCUUUCGUUUCAUGCUGCUUCCCCAUAGAAAAUCUUUCAUCUGGAGGUACUAUUUGCAUUGGGAGACACUGUCCCCUUGGUGCCAAGACUUAAAUCGCACCCUCCCUGCAAUCCUGAUAAUUAUCACUGCCUGCCACAUGAUGCUAUUUUGAAUCUUACCUCUUGUUUAAAUGAACCACAUAAUUCCUGUUUAUUUGGAUCCUGGAUAAGGGCCUCUGCAGUUGGUCGCAAACCAGUGAGUCUUCACCACUGCAAAAUUGGCAGUGUGGUGUGGAUACCAAGAACGAUAAAAACUGUUGGAUGUGACUUGGAUUUCCCCCCUUGGCUGCGGUUGUUCCUGAUCCUCUGUAGUUAUUAGAGCAGGGAGAUUCAAAAGCACAAUUCUUUGCAGUGAGAACUGGUAUGUGACAUCAAUAGGCUUUGCAUCAGCUGAUAAAUUAGUUUCAGUGGGAGUAGGAAAGGCUUGGAGAUAGUGGUUCCGAUGAACUGAUUCAGCACAUCCACUGGCGUGCAUAGCUCACAUCGCUCCCCCAAUAGUUUUGAUAGCAUAGUGGAAGGAUUAGGAGAUUAGCGUGGCAAUGCCCACCUGCUUGUACUUCGAAGGAUCUGUUUAUAAACCCACUUUAAUGUGCCCUAGCUUAGCUUGGACAAUUGUUUACAUUUAACCAUUAGUAAAAAUGAUGUUAGUGCUGCUUUUGUUUACAAAACCAUCAUAGCAGACCCCAGCUAUCACCUGUGAAUGCUUCCUCCUGAUUUUGAUCUUCCACUUGUGUCACUGGGACCGAAGUUGUUGUAGUUUUGUUAAAGGAGUCCUAGAUAGAUGGAUCAAUGGUUCAACUUGUUGAAGGACUUUUCAUAUGCAGGAGAGUGACAGUUGCUCUUCCAUGUGCAGCCCUACCCAGUAGGAGCAGGCGGCUGGAAUGGAAGCAGGCAGAGUUUAUGCAUGUAGUGUUAGAAGUGUGUACCUGGACUCACAUGUGAGCAUCCGGCACUCGUAUAUGUUCAUAUACAUGCUGUUGUGUAUUGUAGAAUUUGCUGCCUGCUUAGAUUGCAACUUUGCUGUCUGAAGCAGCAUUUUAAUAUAUUCUGUCACUCCUAUUUCAUAUAAUAAACCAAGCUUUCCUUAUUCCUCUGUGUGAGAGCUUCCUGUGGGCAUAACAAGCACAUGUCAUUACUCCAGCAAAAGAUCCUAAAGCUCUCUCAGUAUAUGAACAUACAUGAGUGCUAGCUGCACACAUGUGAGUCCAGGUACACACUUUGAAGAGUAAUUCAGCAGAGUUCCAAGCUGAAAGCAUAUGUUGAGCUUUUCAUUGUUGUUGUUUAGUCGUUUAGUCAUGUCCGACUCUUUGUGACCCCCUGGACCAGAGCACGCCAGGCACUCCUGUCUUCCACUGCCUCCCACAGUUUGAUCAAACUCAUGCUGGUAGCUUCAAGAACACUGUCCAACCAUCUCGUCCUCUAUUGUCCCCUUCUCCUUGUGCCCUCCAUCUUUCCCAACAUCAGGGUCUUUUCCAGGGAGUCUUCUCAUGAGGUGGCCAAAGUAUUGAAGCCUCAGCUUCAGGAUCUGUCCUUCCAGUGAGCACUCAGGGCUGAUUUCCUUCAGAAUGGAUAGGUUUGAUCUUCUUGCAGUCCAUGGGACUCUCAAGAGUCUCCUCCAGCAACAUAAUUCAAAAGCAUCUAUUCUUUGGCAAUCAGCCUUCUUUAUGGUCCAUCUCUCACUUCCAUACAUCACUACUGGAAAAACCAUAGCUUUAACUAUACGGACCUUUGUUGGCAAGGUGAUGUCUCUGCUAGUUGACCUUAAUUAAUCCUCAUAUUUAGUUUCCUAUAAAAGAAGAUGACAUUUCACGUUUGUGACCAUGUCUUGGCCUGCACUCACUCUGUGAUAGUCAAACCCAGUAAUGCAAAAGACCAUUUAGAAAUGACAACUUUAGUAACUCAUGGGAAAUUUGAACUGUGUGUUGUUUGGAUUUCAAACCCUAAAGCAUGUAUUUAUCAGGUUUGCAAGAAAUGAUAAGGACUUGAAAAUUACUUCAGAAAAAAAAAGGAAAGCAAAGGACUUCAGUACAAAGACCUUGGGCCAAACAUAUGGUUGCUACCCAACGUGGCAUCUUUAAAGAAACAAAACAAACUGUUUCCAUCUUUAUGUUGCAUCUUCAACAGAUGCUGCUAGAGGCUGAUUACCUCUUAUCAUUUAACCUGGGGUGAAAAUGCCUUUAGUUCUCUGGUAGUAAUUAAGGAUAAAAGUUUUUGAAGUCGUUCUGUAAUAUUGUCUCUUUCUUCCUACUCUGUUAAAUUUUCUGUUCUCCCUGCCUGCACACCCUGUCCCCCGCCUCUCACCGGAAAGAGUUCCUUAAUAGUAAAUAUACUCCGGCAUUGAAGUUUGGAAAGCUAUUAUGGGAACCAUAGACCUGCUAGCAGACUCUCCAGCUGCCAAGGCCUGUGAGUAUUAUACUGUACUGCAGGGUUCAGUCACAGGAUAUGCUGAAUUGGAAAGAGAUGGCAAACAAAGAAGCUUUUCAGUGGCAAAGUUGAGGUUUGGCUUUGCUCAAGAGCAGUUUUGGGUCGAAGAGGCAUCCGGAGCUCUGGGAGAGGAGCAGAAAUAUAUUGGACAGAUGCAAUGAAGUAGUACUCAGAACAGCAUGGUUUUGUUUGAAAGCUUACAGAAUCAGCUUUAGGGGUUUUCCUCUCUAUUCUUUUUACAGUUUAGCUUCUCUCUUCUCUGCUUUUUGGUGCAGAUCCUUCCUUCUUCCAAACACAUGCUAGUUUUCUAUAAAAAAUUUGUUGACUCAUUCCAUUCUGGGCACAUUUCAGCAAACGUUAGACAUGAUUAACUUACACAGAAAUAGUUGGCUUUAGGUUACUCUUGACUAAGCCCCAUUCUGUUGAUUGCAGAGGGACAGGCUAAGGUCUGCUGCAUCAUGGCAAAUGCAUUUGCCUUUCUUUUCAACCUGAAUCCAGGUAGCAGAACUUGGAAGCACGGUGGAUGUAAGCAGGGAGGGAGAAGUUUAAUUGUGUUGGGGAGGAGCAAGUAACUAAAUUGCAAUAAAUGAUUAUGGAGGGAAAGCACCACUCUGUUUUGUUUUUUUGUUUGGGUAGGGAUGGGGAAACUAUUGCCCUCCAGAUGUUAUUGGACUCUCAUCCCCAGCUAACAUGGGCAGUGGUUGGGGUGUUAGCAGUUGUGUCCAGCAACAUAAAUUCCUCAUCCCUAAUUUGGGUAUACAGUAGUUAUAUUAUUCUAAAGUUCCGUACUCAUGGCAAAAUGGUUUGUAGAGCAUGCAACAUAACAUAUAUCUGAUCUACUGUAUCUGGUACCCUCCAGAUGUUUGGGAAUGGCUGAGGCUGAUGGUACUUACAGUGCAAAACAUUUGAAGGACACCAGAUAAGCAAAAUUUGCCAGAAAUUCAUAUUAUGGCACUUGGCAUUACAUGAGCUUAACAAUUUUACUUGUAGAGAUUAGCAAGACUACAAUUCAGAGAAAACUGCAAGCUAUCAAAAAAAGAAAAGGGAAAAAAAAAGCCAGCAAUAAAAUGCCAGGCUCAUAUUUCCCUAUUUCUUCCUAGUUUAUUUUAGCAAAUCUUAAUGGUGAACAAAACCCUUUUAAGACUGGUUAAGACUUGCUUCUUUUCAAGCACGCGGAAAUGUUAAUUUAAAUCAAAAGAGAAAAGACGGAAGGGUGUAUUGCUCUGAAGGUGUUAUGAGGUCAACAAACCAUGCAGUGCAAGCUGUUUCUGCGAUUUUAAUUUAUUUUAGAAUGUGCAGCUUUAACUGCCCUCCUCCUGGAGCAUCUGAGGAAUGAAAUGAACAAACAUACAGAUAUUAAGUGUUAUCUUUGGCAGAAAUUUUAAAGUUCUGUAAAGAUUUGUUCUUUGUUCAGUCUGAAUGCUUCUGAAGGUAUUUAUAUUUAUUCACAAUUCUGUGUAGCAUUCUGAGUUAGAAAGGGGCCAGGCAUAUGUCAUCCCAACCAUCUUGCCAAGACUUUUAGAACUGUAGUGUUGGAAGGGGUCCCGAGGGUCGUCUAGUCCACCCCCCCAGCAGUUCAAAAAUCCUGCCCACAUUUUCACAGAUGUUUCACCUGAACAGGACCCUGAAUUAACAUGUUUACUAGAAACCCAGGACUGCACUGCUGUUCACUCUCUGGGACCUCAUCAUAUAUUCCACUCUAGCUAUAGCUGCAACUAGGACAGGAGGCACCCAUGGGUGUAGGGCACCCGCAGAGGCCUUCCAGGACAUGGUCCCCACACUCUGCUGAAUUAGGUUAAAAAGAAGCGUUGUACUGUAACCAAUAGAAUGGAUAGCAGUGUGUGCUUGACUGAUGUGUGUGCGUGCGCGCAUGUAGUGCCCAUGACAGCUUCUCCAGUUUGCACAUGGGCUCUAAAAGACUGCUGACCCCUACACUAGGAUAAAAGCUGUAAAGUGAUGUUACAUUGUUUGGAAGUCCCCUGCUGAGCAACUGGCUUCUUUUUCUUUUUCUUCUUUUUCUUCUUGCUGCUGGAUAGAUGCUGACAGGUUGUGCAAUUUCACUUAGUCAUGUGUAUUUUGAGUCCACUGGAUAAAGGAAAAACGAACUCGAUAUGAAUUUUUGUUCUGUCUUAAUGUUGGAAAAGCAGUUAGAGGUGAAUCAUAGAAUUGUAGAGUCGGGUCCUGAGAGUCAUCUAUUCCAACCCCCAGCAAUGCAGGAAGCUGAUGCCCUGUGCACAGUUUAAAAUGUUUUUGUAUCAGGAGAUGGCCUAGCUCCCCUCACCCCUUAUUUUCAGCUUCUGUUGAUGCUAAAGAUGGGGAAAGGAACCUUUCUCAGACUCAGGGCUGCAUUUCCCUAGUGUGGAGCUUUCCAGGGGCCACGUACCAGUGGUGCGUGGAUCCAGAGGCAGCAAAAGUGGGUGGAGCAACAGAUGUGGCUCUUUCAUCUUUGUGCAAUAGGCUGCCAUUCAGCCACACAGAAGUCAGAGGUUUCAGAACAUGCCACCACAUACCUCUCCGUCCACCCAUUCCAGGUAGGCAAAAGCGCUCAAGGAUGGAACAGAGCAAGACAGGCGAAUGGUGCAGCCUGGGGAGGCAAGCAGCAUGGCUUAGUCUGAUUAAAGGUAAAGGUAAAGGGACCCCUGACUGUUAGGUCAAGUCAUGGCCGACUUUAGGGUUGUGGUGCUCAUCUCGCUUUAUUGGCCAAGGGAGCCAGCGUACAGCUUCUGGGUCAUGUGGCCAGCAUGACUAAGCCACUUCUGGUGAACCAGAGCAGUGCACGGAAAUGCUGUUUACCUUCCCGCUGGAGCGGUACCUAUUUAUCUACUUGCACUUUGACGUGCUUUCGAACUGCUAGGUUGGCAGGACCAGGGACUGAGCAACGGGAGCUCACCUCGUCAUGGGGAUUUGAACCACCGAGCUUCUGAUCGGCAAGUCCUAGGCUCUGUGGUUUAACCCACAGCGCCACCCGCAUCCCUUAGUCUGAUUGGAGAGGCUUAAAAGGCCACAUUCAGCCCCCUGGCCUGUGGUUCUCCACCCUGUUCUAAAGAUCAUUUAGAUCCUCAUAAUAUUGGACUAUAGUUUAGCGCUCUGACAAAACCAGAGUGUCAGACAUGAAAGACUAUAAGUUUUUAAUGUUUUACUGAGUGUCUUUGGUCAGGAUCGUCAUUCUUAUCCUCUACUAGAAACAGAAGUUCAUAAGACGGGAAGGCUAUAACAAAUCACAAACGGAAUAAAGACGAUAAUUUCCUUGACUAUUUUAAUAAUUAUCUGUCUUAUAAAAAAAAAAGAGUAGUGACCUCCAUGCAAGUGGUUUGCCCUGCUAUAUACAUAGGCAAUCUUUCUUCGCUUCCUUGACUGCAGAACAUCUGCAAGAUUGUUUGAAUUGUUUGCUUAAUGUUAGGGCUAGCAAACAUUCUAGCCCAUGCUGAGCUUCCAUUGAUCUAUCUAAUGGCACCCCCUCCAGCUCCACUGGGAGUCCAAGGUCCUGUCUAUAGCAACAGUAAUCUGUAGGGAGAUACACGUUAUCACGCGUCCAUUCUCUUGCUCCCUAUCUCCCAUGGUAUUUUUGUUUACAGGCUUCAAGAAUAGUCUGCCUCUCUUAGCUCCGAGGCUGGGCCAGUUCCAAGAUAGCAGUGGAACUAUUCACAAACCAGGCUGAUUGGAGUACUGCGGAAGGACAAUGGCAGUGUGACCUGUCAGCACGCAGUUCUCAUGACUUACAGCUCACAAGCCAGAUAACAGAUUUCCUUGCUGUAUUUCUCUUUCAUCAUUGGGUUGAUGAUCCCUGUUGAAGUGGUUGGUAAAUGCAGCAUAUGGAUUGAUACGGGUUAUCAGAAGAAUGCAUUUGAUGUAGGUCAGCUGCAGAAAUACUAUACACUUGUUCAGAGAGCAUCAGCUCUGAUAAGGAAGAAGAUCCUUUGACUUCCCUCUAGGUGGAAACUCUCCUAGAAAAUGCACAAUUCAGACAGCAUAAAAAAUAAUGGACAGAUUUGUGCAGGGUUGGCUUUGGCUUUGAAAUUUAUACUUUCCCACUCAAAUAUUUCAAGGAUUCAUAUAUUGUGUAUUAUGAAGAUGGAAAGGUCAGGGCAGAAUCCUUUGUUUCAGAUUCCUCCAUCGAUAACAGCUACAUUUACUGUUGUAGAUAUUUUUCUAGGCCAUCAACACAGUGUAUAUAUAGUAGAUAUGCUACAUUAUUAAUAAAAUGCUGUACGAGUCUUGGGUCACUCAACCUCAUUACAUCCCUCUAAAGAAAGGCAUUUAUAUUCCUGUUUUGCCAAUGAUAUGUUGAAACUCACUUUUAGGGACUUUCCCAAGCCACAUUACCCCUUUACUUCUUUUUGGAUGUACAGAGAGAAGUUCAGUGUGUACACCUAAAAAUGUAAAACCUGUGUGCAUCAGAAAGGCAUUUACAAAUGUAUGUAUCAUGCAUGGGGGUUGCUUUAUGAUUUAAAUAAUAUUUUGCAUUUCUACCCCCAUCAUUCAGCCCAGACACUGAGAUCCAGUUCUGAGGGUGGUUCCCUCAUUGCAAGAAGUGAGGUAACAGGGAAUCAGGCAGAGGGCCUUCUUGGUAGUGGUGCCCACCCUGUGGAACACCCUCCUGUCAAGUGUGAAGAAAAUAAACAACAAUCUGACUUUUAGAAGACAUCUGAAAGCAGCCAUGUUUAGGGAAGUUUUUAAUAUUUGAUGUUUUAUGUGUUUUUAAAAUUCUGUUGAGAGCCACCCAGAGUGGCUGGGGCAACCCUGUGAGAUGGGCGACAUAUAAAAUUAUUAUCAUCGUCAUCAUUAUUAAACUGUGAUUUUUAUAAUCUGCUAUGGAGCCACUCUGUGAAAGGCAGGCUAUAAGUACAAAUAAAUAAGUAAGGUAAGUAAAUAAAUAAAUAAGGCAUUGGAUGAGACCUAGAUCUUCUUAGCUUUAGCAAGGUAGCUGCAUCAUGUGCCCUUAGAUCAUGCUUUCUCUCAGUAGAAAUCUAUGCUUGCUAUUAUAUAAUGGUGCAAAGGAGUCUUGUGUUUGUGAACAGAGAUUUGAACCUAGCUCUAAAUAUAGCACUCCCUCCACUUUCUAUAAUGGGGAAGAACAUGUUCAGCAUAUCAGCAUUUAACUGUUCUUAAAUCUGGGAUUUCUGAUGGAUUUGUCAAGUAUGUUCUUCAGAGGGUCCUGUGUUUCAGCUCUUGCCCAUUCUGCCAACCAGCCCCUCACUAGUGUCUGUGUCCCCUUCCCAGUUAUAGUCUCACCAUCCACAGGGCUUUAUCAGUGCUCUUUCUGUGAUCCACUGACUAUCAGCUGAUUCCUGGUGCUUUAGAACGGCUUGCAGCUGCAGUAUCCUCCAAUAUCACUGUUCCGCCUCUGAGGCUUGUAUGUCCUGCUUUGGUGUUGCAAAGCAUAUUUUUCCCAGUGUCGGAAACUCAUAGCUCCAUAAUGAAUUAAUUCCCACAGUAUCCCACAUGUCACAAUUUGCCUGAAGCCUCAAACUGAAAACCCUUCUGGGGAUGGGGGAGACCAUCUGCCUUCUCAGUGGGGGAGGUGCAAUUAACACUGGGAAAUGGAGGAUGAAUUAAAGAAACAAUUGGAUUAACAAACACACAAGUUUGGUUUGGGAAGGGGGGGAAAUAUUGUUUGAACUUGUGAGAAAACAAAGCCGAGUAGAGAAUAAUACAACUUCCUGUGUUCUUGAAGUCUAUGUGGUUGAGCCUGGAAGCAUAGGGUUUCAAUAUGGUAUUUCAUUGAAGUGGUCACUAACUUAGGUAACUUAAAAAAUGGAUUACAGAAAACCAGAGAAGAUAGGCCUAUCAAUGGCUGUUGGUCAUGUUCAGAGGGAGUGCGCCAUUGAAUACAGCUGGUGGAGAAUAAAAGCCAGGAAGGGCUAUUGCACACCAACAUAAGAAACUGCAUUAUACCACUGGAUCAUCCAGCUCAGUCUUGUGUACACUGGCAGCAGAUUUCCAGGGUUUCAGGCAGGGAUCUUCUCCCAGUCCUAACUGGAGAUGCCAGUGACUGAACCUUCUGGGACCUUUUGUAGGCUAAGCAGAUGGUCUACCCCUGAGCUAGGACUCUUCUCAUUUCUUUGCCAUCAUGUCUGGUUUAGUGGCUUUUCCAGACCCAUUUGGAAAUCAGGGUGCUUGGUUAGACAGAUCUUUAGUUGGAUCUAGUAGGGCUUUUCUUAUGUUCUUAGUCCAUAGAGAACAAAUGUAGCAAUUGUCAUCCUUCCGAUUAGUCAUUUCAUUGGGAUUUACCAUAGAUUGAUCGUAUCCAAAGAUAUAUCACACUGAAGCAAAAAAAAUUGCUUACUUGGGUGUCUCAAAAUCUCAGAUGGUGUAGUAUAUAUCCCUGUGGAGGACUAGGAAUUCAUAUAUAUAUAUAUAUAUAUAUAUAUAUAUAUAUAUAUAUGGUGUUAGGCAGGCUGCUUUCAUAAAUGUCAAAACUUAUCUACCUGUGAAUCUAUGAGCAGCUGCGUUCAUUGGUGUUCCCUUUGAAGAUUGGAAUCUGGCAGCAGAUUCUACGCUUAAUUACGAGCUACCCAUGGAAAGACAUAGGCAGCUAAUGAACUUCUGCCAGAGAGAGAGAGAGAGAGAGAGACCCCUGCUCAGUUUAUGAAGUUUGACAGGCUUAAAAAAAAAAAAAGGAAGCAUAUUGAAGAGUGACAAAAAGCUCACUUUGGCAGGAUUUAAAAAGGGACUAGUUUCCUGGGUUGCACUCGGAGAACUAAAUAUGCAUGUGUAUAUUCUGAAGUAAAGCAACAGCGGCGGACCUUGGUGUCUCAAAUAUCAGCGACACCCUGUGCGACACUAAAAUUCAGCGGCAGCGUCCUCGCCCCCCUCACCUUCCAUUCAAUAACUUACUUGUGGCUCCCCUGCGGUGCUCCUGAGACUCUCUGGAACUUCCCCUAAAUCCGCCUCUGCAAAACAGCUUUUAAGCUUAGCUAGGGAGUGGGGAAGUGGAAAUAGAUGACCUCUCGUCUAUCCAUCCAUCCAUCUCUUGGUCUGUCGAUCUGUUGGUCUGUCUGUCGGUCUCUUUCUCUCUCUCACACACAUGCACAUGUAUAUCUUAGGAUGCUCUGUGUCUUGGAAGAGAGGGCUGCUGAAGCUUUCAGAUCAGCAUCAGUUGAACCAAUUUAUUCAGUGAUGUGGCAAACGUUCUUUGAUUAAGCUCUUGGGGCUCUUGUUGUAAAGUUAUUUACAGUUCUUGUUCUAUAUUGGAUAGUUUUAUAAUGUUGGCAAUGUUAUAAGGUAGGCCGUGAGAAAUUUCAGAAUGUUACUGCCUGCGAAAGGGAUCACACACGUACUUUAAUGAACCCUGAGUGCUAUAUUGUGCACUACCCACUUAAGCCGCUAUUUGGGCUCUCCUCGGUGGCAUUUGCCCAGUGCUAUGUUCCCAGUUCUGAUGAUUAGAUUUCAUCUGAGCGCUUCUCCCUUUUCAUGUCUAUUUUGACAAAGGGAGUUGUUGAGCGAAAACCAUUUCCAUGAAAAACCUGCGAUUUUCAGGCAAACAUACCAGCCUACUCUCAUGGCAGUACCAUGGUGAAGGGGAAUAACGUUAUUUGGCACCAAGCCCUGAAGAAGGAAAAAAGUGCAGAGAACAGGGGUGCCUUUGUCGAAAACCUACCGCAAUAAAGUGCAAAAGUAGGGGGGGUGGGGUGGAAGGAAUGAAAGUGAGAAAAAGAGGCUGCUAUUCCCUUAGGUUUCUUUAACCUUUUUUCUCCAAUUUAUUCACACAUUGCCUGACAGCAGGGCACUGCAUUGUUACAAGAGCUCUGAAAAGGGAAGCUGGGACUUCUCCAUUUUUAUUUGUGAACGAACACUAUACACAUUGUGCCCCAAGAGAACAAAUGAACUGUAGCUCUGCUACUGCCUGCUCCAUUGAGGAUUUAUUAAUAGGGUCCAGAUUGGAACUGCAUCUCUGAAAAGCACAUACAAGGAAUAGCAAGGAAUAGUUACCGGAGACUCCGUGAAACCUUUAUUUAGUGACAAUUCAAGGCUUGUAAACGUUUCCCUGCCCUGGGUUACAAGUACGACAACAGGAUGGGAUGAGCCUGCCUUAAGAGGCAUUACUGUAGAGACUCAGACAUGGAAACUCAACAGACAAGAGACUGGCUUUCUACCUAAUUGCUUUCAGGCGACUUCCACUCUUCUCAAGAUGUGAACCAUGAGGAAACAUUCUUCAAUAUUCUGGUAUCUUUGUGGGGAGGGCAGCUUAGGGAAAGUCUUUGGAAGCUCUAGGAAUUUGCAAGGCAUAAAAAGUUACUGUUGUGAGUUGGGAAAAGGAUUAGGGUUAGCAUUUUGUGAAAAAUAAAUAAAAAAAUGUGCAGCCUCUGUUCCUAAGCCCCAAAAUGAAAUAGCCUGUCUAAGAGGAAAUGAUCUUUUAAGCAUCUUUUGUCUUGAUCCAACAAGCAGAUGUAUGUGUACAUAGAAGAAAAACUCGUGCAUUUUAGGUAUGGAUUCAGGUGUCAUUUGGAUGUUCAUCUGAGCCCCCUGAGUUGGCAAGAUGCAUCUUUUGUUGCUAUGGGGAUGUACAGUGCACACAACUAACCACAGCUGCUAGUUGUUCUUCAUGAGAGCUGGAUUGGGGUUUCUAUUUGGAUUCUUAGGGUUAAGACUUUGUUGGAAGCUAAUGAAAAAGCAAGUGACUCCUGGGUGGUAGUGGAAUCUGGGUAGCUGUGGGGGAAACAACAUUUCAUUGGGGGUAGCCAGCAUGGUGCCCUUUAGAUCUUGUUGGACUGCAACUUCCAUCAUCUCUCCUGGUUGGCCAUGCUGGCUGGGUUGAUGGGAGUUGCCCAUUGGCUUCCCCAAUUUACCUCAACAAGUUUCGAACUAUUCAUAGCUAACAUGGAGAACAGUGAAAAAUUGUGGCUUUACUGGUAGGAUAAUUACAAAAUCAAGAAAGAAAUCCCCUCGCCUUAGAAUGGAAAUAAAUGUAGGAUCCUUCAUGCUUCUUUUUUAAAAAAGGAGCCUGGAUUUAACAUGCCCAGCCAUAUUGCUGCUUUGGACCCAUACCCCAUCUGUUCUAGUGUAUGAAGACACACACACUCUCUCUCUCUCAAUAUAUAAGCACCACAAUUUUCUUAGAAUGUCAAGAAUUGAAACUGUAGCGUGCAUGUUAAUAAAGAGUGCAUAAAUAGGGACUUAAUGUCCUAUCUUGAGAACAUUUCACUUACUUAGUAGUCCACUUUGCUUGCCCAAACAGAACAGCCCCCCCCCAAAAAAAAACAGUAGGAAGGAAAACCAUAAGAAGAAGUUGAUUUUGUUAACACCAUAGAGCAAAUAAGGCUCAGGUACUCCCACGGUCCUUAUUCUUGCUGCAAAUUACAUGUCAGUCAAACAUCUGCAGUGAGUACUUGGAGUGAAAAAAUCUGGAAUGUUGCUUAAGCCAACCAAAAUAAUAUUUUUGUAACAAAAGACCAUUGGUUCAGAUUUCUGCUAGAUACCCCUGAUCAGAGCUGAGACUCUCAUUUUAAAUUCCUAGGCUGCAGCAUCAUAUUUUAAGAGCCAAAUCUGCAAAAAUAUCAAACUGUGAAGGUACAAAUGGUAAGUUUAUUGUGAUGGUUUUAGGAGCCCAGACAGUCAACCAACUAAGACUUUUUCAGCCUUAGCUGUACUCAGUGCAAUAAGUUUGGUAGCUAUUUUCUCAUGACACACACCAGUUGCUGAUGUAUGUGAAUUCAUAAAGGCCAGUGUAGUUUUCCACAGAACUUGUUUGUUUCAUAGAAGGUUAUGGACAGUGCUAUUUUUCUAUAAAAAGAGGUACCGGAACUCACUAUGAAUGCCUCCCUCGUUCUCUUAGAAUGGCAGGUGCCCACCUGAGAGGUGCCAGAACCGAGUUCCGUUGAGUUCUAGCUCAACUCUAGGGUGAAUGGUCAGUACAUACUGAGCACUGGUUAGAAUCUAGCAUGAAGUGCUGCUGAGUUGCAGGAAAAUUGCAUGGUGAUAAUCACCUUUAUUAAUAGUGAUGGUUCACAAAAUACAGUAGUUGACAACACAUAGACAUACUGGCUUUGGUAAGCCAGUAGCCACAUGUAGUGUGAUAAAAAUCCAUUGUGUCAAUUUAGUCCACAAUGGAUAGCACUGAAUCUCUUGAUGCAUUGUAAUUCAAUGGUUUUACAUUGCCAGCUUCCCUUUGAAGUUCCUUUGUUCACAGAUAGACACCAUAAGGUCAGUCAAGGAGUUCCCAGUGCCAAGUUGUCUCUUCUUUUAUUAGUGGCCACUGUUAAUAGGGUACUUAUUUCCAUCUGUACUUCUCUGAAUUUCCUUUCCUUUUGACCUCACGAUUUACAGUAUUUUGGUCCCUUCCAUCUCUACAGUUCUAUGAUUUUAUACCAAGGUGUGACAAAAUUGUUCCUUGUUUUACUAAACAUGUACACACAACCCCCCCUCCCAAGAAUUUCUGUUUGAUUCCAAUCUUGUCUAUAUGCAAAGUUGAGCACAGUGCAGAAUGGUUUCAGAGGUUUGUUCCCUUUGUUUCUCAACCCAAAUUGAGAGCAUUACCUUGGGUAUGUUUGCACAAGCAAGAACUCUGUGUGAUUUUAACCACCAGCAUUGCAUACUGGUUGCAGAGCACUCAAUGCUUGCUUUAAAUGAUGAGUUGUACUCACAUCUGCCCUUCUGUACAGUCAGUUGCCUCACGGUAAAAACAGAGAUAAUGCAAAAGUAUUUUUUCCUCAGUGGAAUACCCUUUCUUCUGUUUAACUCAUUGUCUUCCAUUUGUAAAACAAAGCAAUGUAUGAAUUAUAUGCUGGGCACAUCUACCCCAACUCUGCCCUGGGGUCACUCAGAGGGUGUGUAAAUAUUGGACUCCUCUCCACCAAAUGGGCCCCUUUAGGAUACAAGCCCUGCUUUCCCCAGAAAUGGCAUAAAGAUUGCUCCCUUAGUUAACAAAGCUUAGAGACCACACAACAGAGUGGUAGCAGUUACUGAAAAUUAGCUGAGGUGGUUUUGCUGGGCUGUAUUUCUUUCUGACUUAAUAUGUCUACAAGGGGCUGAAGAGGCUGGUUCUUCAAUGCUCCAUUCCAAAACAAAAAGAAGAAACUUGAAAGUGGGAGAGGCAACUGUGUUUAAUUUAGUGCAAAGGUGAAACUUCAGCUGGGAAGAUCAGAGCUGCCUGUUUGGGUCACCACAGUAACAUAUCCCACAUGACUUUAUCAAUGGGUGGCCAAUGAAAGCUUAUCCUGUCUUAUAUCCUCCACGCUCCCCAAAUCUGCCCAACUCUUAGGUUUUCAAAGGUUCAAUGUUUCAAAGCAUUGAAUUCAGCACAAGAGGCCUUUGAUUUUCUAUCAAUUGCAAGCUGCUCAGUCAAUGCCCCCCCCCACCUUUUAAAUCACCUCCUGUGUCUCUGAGGUUGUUAGGUUUCCUAGGAGGUAAAGAAAAAUUAAUUGAUUGUUGAGGAAGAUGUUAAUAAAACAAUGUUGCUUCUUUUACAUUUAACGUUCAAAGCCUGCCAAGUUCCAGCGCAGCUGCAGUAUCCCUUAUUAAAAUGUAAAGCAGAAUGCAGUGUCAGCUCUCCACUGAAGCAGCUUUGCAUAGGACACCAGCCGCGAGGAGUCAGAAAGUCAUUUUGAAUUCCUCCAAAGAAAAGCGGCAUCCUUUUCCUUUUCCUUCCCUUCCUCCUCCAGUGUAUGCUGCAGCAAAAGCAGCUCCUACAGGGCCUAGCUGAACUCCUUAGUGCCCACAACCUGUGUAGUCCAGCUACUUAUUAAUUGAUUCAUUGGAAAUGCUUCUAAACCAGCGUUCACCAACCUGGCGAUUUCCAGAUAUUUUGGACUGCAGCUAUUUUGGACAGCAUAUCUGUGCUUGCUAGAGCUAGCAAGAGUGUGUGGAGCACGUCUGGAGGACAUCAGGUUGGUGAAGACUGCUUCAGACUGCCCUUCAUCCAGAUAAAGAGAAAUAAAACACUCAACUCCCAUAUAAUACAAUUAAGGAUAAAACAGCAUCAUUGUCAUAUUUAUAUAUACACACACACAUACAUACACACAGUAUAUGUAAAUAUAUAUAGAUAUGAGUGAGUUUUUAAAAAGCAAGAGGAACAGGCAGGAUGCUCCUCAGUUUUCAGGCUUUGGAGUUUAAAACAUCUGGGCAAAUCAGUUUUGACCUGGCACUGAAGCGAAAAGCCAUUUCUAUCGUUUGUUUACUUAUUUAAAGCAUUUUGUACCUGCUCUUCAUUGCAAAUGUAAUUCUAAAGUUACAGAUUAAAGCAAAUCUGGACACGUCAUUCAAGUACUAAAGAAGAGUCAGAUAGUUAAAAACAGCCAAAUGCAGCAGGUACCACUUCCUUUCACACUGCCUUACUAUAACAGGAAAGCCUUCCUACAACCCUUAUUCAAGAUGCUGCAGAAUCUGGCUCUCCAAUGGCAUGCUUUAGUAAGGACUUGAGCAGACACUUUAGAAACACAGAAAGAGGCCAAACUGGAAUUGGAGUUACAGGAGUGAAUGAAAUCAUGGGUUUAUCAAUUGUGGCUAUAUGGGAGCUUUUUGUCCCAAGGCAUUUAUCCACUGAAUACCCAGAGGAUGUCCUGAACUUCUUCUGGUUGGCCACUGUGGCAAGCAAGAUACCGGACAGGGGGACUCUGGUCUGGUCCAUGGGGCUGCUGAUUUGACUUUUGCAUGUAAAAGGUCCAGAGUUAUCCCAGGUUCCUUGUACCGUUACAGAGGCAAAGGGAUACACUGGGAAACUAAGCAAGCAUCUCUUCUUAGCUGUAUCUUUCAUGGAGGAGAAAGGCUGGGAAUUAUAGGAUCCUAAAAGCUCUCCACAGUUGUUAGAAGAGAGGUGUGGCAUGUCUGCUCAUCCCAUGCCCACCACCCACAUGUUAGCUGAGCUUGUCUGUGAGGAUCCUGCAGGGCUGUAAAUCACAAGGGGGUCUUUCAGGUAUAAAGCAGGCAGGCACCCCACACUGGUUAUGCACCCCAACAUUUGAAUCUCACCAAACAAGUACAAAUGUGUGGAGAAUAAUGCCCAGAACCGACCUAAAGAGAUUAAGUCUCAGAGAUAAGCUUCUGAAAUGGCUACAGCUGAAAAAUCCAGGGUCACAUUUCUCCCAAACUCAGAUUACUAAACUUUAGCCCAGAGACUGAUAUUUCAACCACCAAAUCCAGCGGGGAACUAGAAUGCCCGGGAAAUCCAUCUUUUCCAAUUUUGUUGGAACUUUGUUUUGUUUUUUCCUGUCAAAAACUGACACCAUCAUUUAUACUGAAACACUGUCAAGUCUUGUUGAAGUUUGGUUUCAGCAGUGUUGGCAGGGAGUCUGAGUGAAUGAUUUUUGCCUGACUAGAACCUGAUGUCUCGCUGUACGGCCAUAGUAGGUUGUUGCUGGCCUGGGAAACUGAUUGAGGUGGGUUAUAGUAUGAGAUGUUGAACGGCCACAGACUGAUCUUACACUUCAUAUUUACCAUUUUGGUGUAAAUGAAAUUAAGGCCUGGAGCCUUUCCUGUAAACAGUCGCGCAGCUAGAGCUAUUUCCAUUUUGUUGUUCCUUUCCUCCCCUCCUCUCCAUCCUUGAUUUUCAUCUGUGGCAUUCCACCCCCCCCCCUUUAAGAUUUCUACUAGUAUCUUUUGUAAACCCCUUUUCAGGGUGGCCAUUGGCACCAGCCCAUGCUGGAACCUCAGCGCCAACCGUUUCCAGAAGAUGGGGUUUGUGCCAGAAGUUGUGGGUGGUGACACAAUUCCUCAAAACAAUCUGUGCUCCAAGAGAUCUUCCUUGGAAACAAGGCUACCUUAGCAAGGGCUCUGACACCACAGUGCUCAUUUUGACGGCAAUGUGUGCCCUGGCCUGGACGGUGACCUUGAUGAAGCAUGGCCUCCAGCCCAGUCCUCAGAGUCUAGGCAUGCCGCGGGUUUUGUGAGCAAUAUCCGUUCGGCUCCUGAGGGUAUGUUUAUGUUUCUCAUAUGAAAAUAGGGAAUCUGAGGUUACUGUUGUGCUGGAAAAAUGUCAAGACUCAAUUGGCAAUAUCCCACUAAACCACAAGUUUGCAGGAGAAAAAAACAAAACCCUCACAUUUUCAAAACCAUGUCUGUAUGCUUUUAAAGAAAAUAUAUACAAUCUUGGUCAAGUCUUGCUCGUAUUAUGGUGGUGGCAGUCCUGAAAAUAAUUGAAAUGUGGAAAUACUACUCCCAUGCUGUUCGGUGAAUGAAGGGGGAAACAAAUCUUUAUUAUUCCAGAGUUCACAUAAUUUAUAGGAACGCUAUUGUCUUUCCUCCCCCUUAACCCGUGUCCCCUAUUUCUUUCUUUUUCUUUUUUAAAAAAGCCCGAUUUAGCUCUCAGAUAUGUUUUAUUGUUUGAGGGAACAUGUGUUUUACAGACUUGUCAUAUGAAAACAAUUAAAAAGAGGAACUGGAGCAAUAACAAUAAGUCACGUAACCAUGGUAUGGUUAAUCCCCAAAGUUUGACUAUUAAACUGUUGCUUCUAGUGGAUGUGAAACCAGAUCUCAUCAUGCAGUGUUAGCUUUUUGGCAGCAAUUUUUUAUUGGGAUGCAAAGGAUUUUUAUUUUUUUGUUCUUUUCUUUUUUCUAAAAAGGCUAUUCAUAUCAUAUAUUGUUGGCUCAGAAAACAGAUUCUGUAUCCAAAUUGACUCUGCUCCAACAGGUUUUAGGUAGUGGAAUGAGGAUGGCCUGGAUCUGUACAAAUAUGCUGAAUUCUGAGUUGCAAAAUCAGAGGUUUCUUGAUGCCUCUUGACACAUUUAUUCACUAUUUUAUGAACGGGUUGCAAAACACACACUUCUGUGUACAAUGAGUCAAGCAUUUGACUAGGCUUGUGAAGGCAGCAGUGCAUCAGUUCCCUUUAUGAAGGUGCCAGUAGUAGAAGAUGAUCUCACUAACUAUGUAUGCUGCAGUUCAGCAAAAAGGAAAACGUAAAGUUAUAUUUUAAAAUUUGACUUUUUGCAUAGGGUCAUUCCACAUGCCAAUUCAUUGUGGACUCAGUGCUGCUUUGUGUAGUGUUCUCAUGACACCUUUAGAAAAUCAAAAUGCCACCCCUAUGUCCCCCCUCCCAUUUAAUUUGCAUUUAGUGUUUCAACAGGUUUUUUUUAAAAAAAAUUACUUUUCUACAUUAAUAGUAAAUGGGGAAAAAAUAUGGGGCAUCAUUUUGAUGAGGACAAUGUUAAGAGGACACUGUGCAAAACAUACAUGCAUGACAAGCACCAAGACCCCAAUUAAUAGCUAUAUGGAAACAUAUAUAGUAUUAGGCAGCUAGAAAUAAUAUCAAAUCCUUAAUUACCUUCGGUUUUCUUCCAGGAUUAAAAUAUUUUCAGUGAUUGAAAUUUAGCUUUUUUAAAAAUAAUGAUGUGGCUUUGAAAUUUGUUACAAGUAAUUGAACCAAAGAGCACAGUUGGUUUCAUUCUAUGUUCCUAUUAUUGUGCUUUGCCUCUGAGCUCUAUCUGCUUUGGGAUAUUUAGGGUUGUGACAUUUUAAACAAGCUGAAUCAGAGAAUCUUGUGAAUUUGACUGAUUUUAAAUGCAUAAGUCUUUUUCUUUUGGGGGAGGGGAGGUGGCUAAAGUAUAGUUCAGUGUUGAAUAAGUUUAUGCAAACCCCCCACCCCUAGUAUCUGUAUGGGAUUUCCCAGUGCAAGUCCCAAUAAAUAGUAUUUCCCAGUGUGCCAUAAUCAUGACUACUAAGGUCCUUGUUUAAUUCUUACUUGUGUUUCUGACCACACUCUUUUUCUUUUGUUCCCCUUCCUUUUCUCCCUCUAGCUGGCCUGCCAUUUCUGAUAAUCGAAACAAGCACAAUCCCACCCUAUAAGCGGGGAUUUUACUGUAAUGAUGAAAGCAUUCGCUACCCUCUGAAAAGUGGAGAGACCAUCAACGAUGCUGUCCUUUGUGCUGCAGGCAUUCUUAUAGCCAUACUUGCUGUAAGUAGGACAAAACGACUGCAGUUUUAUUUCAGCUCCCUGUACUAUAAAAAUAAACACCCAGUACCAAACAACAUGCCUAUUUUUUUCUGUUCUGUUUUUGUCUUAUUGAUUUUUCAUAAAUAAAAGUUAGGAUGUUGGUUAGUCAACAUUAGUGGUUCUAAAUACUUUGUUACUGAAAAACGUUGAUGUCUUUAUGGAAUUAACCCAAACCAGAACGUACCUUGAGUGGCAGCUCUUAAACUGAAAACUUCAAACAACUUAUUAUGGAAUAGUUCCCUAAACCCACUGCAGCGGGGACCUGCCUUUUGUUUGUUACCCCAUCAGGGUCAUGUGCGCUGCUGAUAAUACAGCAUUGACAAGGAUAAACUUUUGAAGGGAGGGGCUUGUGGAUUCACUGGCUUUGACAAAACAGCUUUCAGUAUAGCCACCACUCAAAUCACACUGCAGACCAAAUUAAUUUGUAUAUGAGUUGAUUCAAGAAGCUAUGAUAUCCAGUGAUAGAAAUUAGCCAGGUGCCAGGUGCAUUUUGUGACUGGCACAAGUCCAAUUGCAAGCACAUGGAGAUCUCUGGAUGCUAGUUUGGCGACUGACAUCUUCAUUUGGCUGGGCCCUCCAGCUUUCUUAAGCAGGUAAGCAGAAGAGCUCCUUUAUUGUAUUUAUAUCCCAGCCUACAGGGUACAACUCCUCCUCAGUUAAUCUGUACAACAGCCCUGUGAGGUAGGUUAAGAGGCUGUGACUGACUCCAAGGUCACUCCAAGGUCAUGACUGAGUGGGGGAUUUGAACCCAGGUCCUAGUCCAGCACUCUAACCACCCCACCACAUUGGCUUCCUAGAGUCCUUCUGCUAUGGGGCAGCUCUAUAAAUUAUGUAAAUAAAUACAGGGAAAGCAAAAUGUCGCUUAAAGAAGGGUAUGAAAUAUUUUCCUGGAAGCUUGAAUUUGUUUUAUACUGGAUUGGUUGUUUUUUUGUUUUGUUUUUUUGAUGUUUCAAUGUGUUGUAAACCGCUUGGAGAUUUAUUCUUUAAAAUGUAAAGUGGUGUAGAAAUGAGAUAAUAAUAAGAACCACAAGAAUAGUAACAAACACCAUUGCUGGGGGGAGAAUGGCGCCGAGACAUACCAUUGUGGCGACCAUAACCCAGAUUUAAGGUGCCAUUUGGCAAUUAGCUUAUAUAUCUGAGUUUCUAACACUGCACCCAUCACAUGCUUAUCAUGGUGUGAGUGGGGAGGCUGUGUUUGCUCCCACUACAGUGGUGCCCCGCAAGACGAAUGCCUCGCAAGACGGAAAACCCGCUAGACGAAAGGGUUUUCCGUUUUUCGAUGCGCUUCGCAGGACGAAUUUCCCUAUGGGCUUGCUUCGCAAGACAAAAAUGUCUUGUGAGUCUUGAGAUUUUUUUUCGCUCCCCCCCUUUUUCUAAGCCGCUAAGCCGCUAAUAGCCUUUUAGCAGCUAAUCCGCUAAUCCGCUAAGCCUUUAAUAGCCGCUAAACCGCUAAUAGCGCUAAGCCGCUAAUAGGGUUGCUUCGCAAGACGAAAAAACCGCUAGAUGAAGAGACUCACGGAAUGGAUUAAUUUCGUCUUGCGAGGCACCACUGUACUGCCUUGGCCAUGACCCUGGUGGUUUGGCCUUGCUGCUGCCUAUGCAUUGCUCUGAAAGUUUGAAGCAGGCAGCCUGCUUAUAUGCGUAGGCCCUGUGCGUAAUUUAGAAUGCCUGAAUGAUCAGGAUGGUAAAUUGUGUGAAGAGCCUAUUCAUAUACACCAGGUGCCAUAGUUCAGGCAGUGUGAAUGGCAACAAGGCUGCGCCAGGCAGUUAGAAAUGCAGGGAUGAGGCCACUGGGGGCCUAACCUUCUCUCCCAGUUCCUAAAAUUAACUGUGUGGGCCAUAAUAUCUGAAGAGGGCUCUUCAGCACAGAUGUUGUGAACUACAGCUCCCUUCAGCGCCAGACAGCAGGACCAAUGGUCAGGGACGGCCAGAGUUGUGGCGUGCAACAUCUGGAGAACACAACAGUUGUUAGGCAGUCUCUACUGUAUGAAGAGCAUGAUUAGUUAUUUAAUCCAGAAGUACGCUAGGAACAAACUCCGAAUUGGGGACAAAACGUUCCUUCCAAAACCAUACAAGUAAGCCAAAUCCCAUAAAUUUCAUUGAACAACCAAUGUAGGAGACAUUUUCCAGCUCAGCAACUACGUGCUUGUUCGGCAAAAAUUUAGCGUCUUGAAGGAUUUGGUGUACAUUGUCUGCAUUCUGGUACGCUUUGUGGUAUUUACAUAUCCCGUAUUUCAUGUUGGGUUGUGAAGUAUGUUCUGCUUUGCAGCCAGCCACUGACUGCCUGGAAAUGUUUUGCAGACAGUAUUAGGUUCUGAUAUCUACUAAGGAGGCAGAUUUUGAAAGGAAAUUUGAAACUUGGGAGGCCGAAGGGAAGGGGCAAUGUCUGUGUUCCCAGUAUCCUUUGCAUUAAGAUAGAUAAUUCUGUUUGCAUGUUCGUUUCUUUUGGAUCUCUGAAACAUUUUCUCAUUAUUGAAAAAGAUGCUGCUUCAUGGAGAGGGGGCAGCUGGUUAUUUCUUUGUCAGUAAAUGGAGGCAUAUUCUCAGCCCAGGCUUAUGAAUGGAGGUUGCUCAUAUGAUUGCAUUGAUGACCACUUUACGAACUGAGUAGUUCAGUUCAAAUAUGAUGCCAAACUAUGAUUUGGUGCUAAGAAAACAGAUCUAGAGGAACCUUAUGUUUGUGUGUUGGGCUGAAAACUGUGGUUUGUUGUUACCUCCAGCCUGACAAACUCUCGUUUGUAUUUUCUCUACAAACGAGGAAUAAACCCUGGUUUGUAUGGCAAGUUGAAGCUAUGAUAUGGUUGUAUUGGGGAUGUUAUGGUUUGUUGAAAACAGGAAGUAACGAGGGAAGAGGAAGAGAGGGAGCAGCUUAAAUCUGAGGUUUAUUCUUGCACUAAACCAUGGUUUGGUACUACAUUUGAAAUUAGGCAAAGGGAAGAUGGGUUGUACUUCUAAGUAAACCAAGAGUUUGCACAUAGUUUCCAUGAAGGUCUAAAUUACAGUUGGCUCAGGGAAUGUAAGAGUGUUCCUGCCCCACAACACCUGCAUUGGUGACCAUUCUGUGUUGAGGGGUGAGGUAAGAAAUGGAAUUGAAAACUUGUUCAGCUGAAUGUGACUGGGAGCCCUGAAGCAUGCAACUCAGACCUUAUUGCUGAAAGCAGGAACCUCAGGGGUAGAAUGGGGGCAGGGGACUGGCACAUGCAAGGAUGUUGGGGAAGGGAAGGCUGGCACAUGUUCCUCCUGCACACUAUCUCAUGAUUGGGAUUUCCUUUUUAUGCCGGAAAUUAUUAUAACAAUCUUAUAGAAUUAUUGUUAUUUGCAGAAUAAUUAUUUUAAACAGGUCUCAGAUUUGUUAGCAUCUAGAGAGGAGACCGUUCUUGAGCUUCCCAAAUGAAGAGUGGGAAUAAUAAUAAAUGCCAGCAAGUAUUUCAGUUGACAACUUCUCUUGUUUGAACAUGGCCUACUCCUGCCAGUUGUAGGUUCUGUCCUUCAGGACUUUGAGGACAUUCUUCAAAAUGCUAAGUUGUAUAGCGGGCUAAGACCAUACGUAAGGCCCGGCGUGUUAAGAAAAGUAAUUUCAUCAGUCACAUAAUUUUAACAUGCAGAUCACAUAUACUUUUGAUUGUGAUUUUUAGCCUAGCCCCACUCAUUUCUCCCUGUCUACAAGCCAAGUUACUGCUGCUUCAAGUGAUGUAAAAUAAAAUAAAAACACAAUGACAGAGGGCAAUCUAUAGCAAAACCCUUGUUUGUAGCGUCCAAGAGUUUUGUGUGCUUGGGUUGGCCAACCAUUGUGUUAGGUCUGCCCAACCUUUAUGUGACUCCGCAACCCCCACACCCAUUCUAGGUUUCUUUGCUUCAUGGCUAUUAAAACUUCCUCCUGCCAUUAUUUGUCAACAAAGUCUGUUCCAACUAAGUGCUCUGUCAACUAAAUAGCCCCAAUAACCAGUUAUUUUUGCAUUCAAAGAGAAAAUGAAUAAACCUAUAAACAAGAAGGAAUUUUAUCCUGCAGGGGAACUUUCCCAUUAUAGAAAGGCCAUAAAUGAAAGUGAAAAAGCUUUUCAUUUCCAUGUUAUUGCCUAACAUACCGUCAUUUGGGCUCCUUGCAGAAUCUGCUUCUGAUCAGGAGCAAGCCAGUGGUGUGUAUUAUUAGUGCUGAAAAUGUGGCUGGAAACAUAAUCAGCUGACUAUAUAAUCCGUCAACUUUCUAACACAAAAUGGCAGGCUAAUUAAAAACUGGGGGUGGGGGAGAGAGAAAGAAAACCCCGGCCACUCUGACGUAAAAUAGCUGAUUCUCUGCCAUAUUUGCAGCUUUCCCAACAAAAGCAACUGGGUAUGGAAAAUAAAAAACAAUACAGCACUUUUAUUGUGGAGGAUUGCCAAUCUUAUCAAGCAUGCAAAGAAAUGGAUUUAGAAUUUUUAUUUUUUAUUUAUGAUGGGAGAAGAUAGGGAAAAUUUGUCAUGUUUUUAGUAUUAUAUCAAUAAAUAUACAUGUAAAAUUGCCACACACCAACUGCUACAUCAUGCAGGCAUACAUGCAGACCUAGAAACAACAAGAAAACACCACGCAUAAAGUAAACGUUCACUUUCUCUCUAUCAGAAGUGGGGAACUUCUGUCCCCCCCCCCACCUGUUUUUGGACUCCAACUUCCAUCAGCACUAAUCAAGAUCGGUCAGGGAUGAUGGGAGUUGUAGUCCAGCAACAUCUGGAGGGGCACAACAUCCUCAUUCCUGUUCUAUUCCAUAACACCAACAAUUUUCAGUUUAUAAAGCUGUUUAAAUACAUAUAUACCAUACCAUCUAGGAAAACAAUUUUCCACCAAGUGGUGACCAGUGGUGAGAUUUUAACUCUCAUUCUGCACAUACAGUACAUAUAUUUCCCACCACCACCCAGAAGGCUUGACUUAGAUGCCAGGAUUAUUGUAGCACCACUGGAAUUCACCCUAAAUUCACAGAGUACUAAUUAUCCCCUUUAAAUUUGAUGUAUUUGCUUUCCAAACACUCCCUAGCUGGCAUAAGGGCAUUGGGGGACAAUAAGCAAGACAAUCAUUUUCACACUGCUAACCCUUUAUUUUAUAUAGUGUCAUCAAUAGACUCCCUCAUCUAGAGCAAAAGGUCUAGGUCAUGUUUUAUGGGGCUUGCAAGGCCCACAAAGUUCUUGUUAAGUAAAUACCAGAGGCUGUGACCUUUGUCUCCAUCAGUACAUGGGAGGAUAUGAAUGCACAAGACCCUUGAGAUACUAAUUGCCUUAGGGGAUUGUGCUUUCCAGACCUCCCCUAAAUAUUCCCAAAUCUUACCCCACAUUGUAUUUCUUUUACUUUAGAAAAUAUGGCUUGGUUUGACCUUUCAGGACCUCAUGUUAUCCACAAGUCAUGGCUGCAAACUUCUAUGCAAACUUCUACUUACUGGCCAUCUAGUAAAGUCUCACAUUUGUGACUGAUGGCCCUUCUCUCUGCACGUCUCAGUAAAUAAGCAAUGCCUGGUCCCCUAUUGGCAUCUAUACCCGACCGUCUCCUGUAAGAAAAGUUCAUCUUGUACAAAGGAGACACGUGACCUUUUGCUACUUAAGAACACAAAUCCUAUGCAUUCUUACAUGGGAAUGUAUCCUGUUCUACAUAGUAGGACUUGUUUCUACGUAAACAUGUAUCUCCUCAAUUAUACAGAGCCUUUUCUGUUCUCUAAAGAGGUGAAUUUCACCUUAGCAGAGGAAAAGGCACCACCAGUCCACCGUAAAUUUGAACCAGUGACCUCGUUAAAGUGAAAGUUAGCCGACUUCCUCAUGUCUCUCUUUGCAUGCACUUGCAUAGCAUCUUAAAAGUUUUGUUUAAAGCAAAAAGAGACACAGUUGCACUUAGUAGGGUCAAAACCAGUGCAAACAAAACAGAGAGAAGUGUGUUUAAUUUAUUUAAAUCUCCCCAUCCUAUUAGAUGCUUUGGGGGGGGGGAUUUCACAGUAACUUGAAAAUGAAGCAUGGUUGGCAGUGGUCAGGAGAGCUUGCAAGGGUGACUGAAUAAUAGAAACUAAUUGCACAGAGACCUUUCAAGGAUUUGAUGAAAACGGAUUUGCAGCCAUUCUUUCCAAAUACUGGGCCAUUUUGCACUCUGUCCCUUACCAGCUUUGCUCCCCUUUAAGCAUUUCCAGCAGUUCACACCACAUGCAUACUACUUGCUGGAGACACAAGUCAGAAGAGGAGCUUAAUAUCUUUAAGACUUGUUUAUUCAGGAUGAAGUUUCAGCUUUUGCACAUCUGUGCUGAAUUAGUUGCUUGAGCUUUCUUUUUUCCCUUUUUUUUAAUCAGGGACAGCGUUGCCAAAAGAACAAGUUUAUCCUACUUCAGCUUCUCAUUAAAGGUCCGGCCCUGAUUUCAGCUAAAGCAGGACGGGUCAUGGCUACACACUGUUGUGCUGGUGGGGGGCUGAAGUCUCCAAUUUACAGUCUGCUACAUCUGUGCAAUUACCAGGACCACCAGCAGCGAGAGAAAAUAUUAAUUCCUAGACUUUGUUGGCCCUGGUCAAAAUAUUCCCAUGUCUAUCUCAGGACAGGCACCUAUGGUUUAAGAGGCUCCAUGUGUUAGGAAUAAAAUGGUGGAGCACUUAUUGUUACGCUCUUUCCUUAAUUCAGUUUGUUAUGCUGACCCACGUUUGUAUGGAGCGAAAGGCUCAACCACUGUAAAAUGCAGAUUUCCAGUGGUUGUUUUUUGUUUUUACAUUGAUCAUUUGCAUCCCCAUCCCAGGACAGCUGGGAAGCAUAGAAUCUCCUCUGAAGCGGCUGAACACAUGUGCAUCUCCCUUAUACAUAUUUGUACUUUUUGAAUGUAGUAGUCCUACAGGCCACUUUUGCUUGUGCAUAUGUGGUGGAAAUGCAUUCCCAAGUGUCCACAAAAGCCACAGGGGAUUUGUAAGAGACUCAUCCUCCAGUAAAUGAGCAAUAGGGAAAAGAAACUGAUGCUACGGUUGUCGGAGAGAGGCCUGGGCUGUAAAUAACCAUUAGAGGCCAUCUGGCAAAUUAAUUGCGCUCUGCCAAAGGAGGAGAUGCUGAGAUUCAGAUGCUUUUAUUCGCCCCACAUGCAAACGUAGACCCUGGCCGAUCGCCUGCAUUUGAAGAUGGUCCAACAGUUGAGAUAAGCCAUCAGCUGUGCAGCACUUGCGUUCUCCAGGGCUUGCAUGUGAUUCUGGAACAGGUUAGCUCCUAAACCUAGACAGCCUGGGUGAAGCCCCAGGGACCGCAAUAUUAAUUUCCGGUGGGGGGGAGGGGAAAUGUGACAAUGCAGCCCUUCAGUAUGUGCCGUUUUUCUGCCGACUAAACAAAAGAAACUAAACUAGCAAGCCCACACAUUUUCCAGACACUCUUCCAUGAAGUAGUUAUGAAUGCUUGUAAUUUCAGUGAAUCCAUGUCCCUUUCUCCUCUUUCCCAUCCCCACCCAACUGUCUCAUUCUACCUCCAUUUCUGAAUAUUCAUUCAGUUUCAGGUUUUGCACCUUACAAUACAAACCUUCCCAAACCAGGAAACCCAGUUUCCUGUAGCUUGUCUCCUCAGUACCUCUUAUGUCUGCAGCCUUUAAACUUUGCAUUUUUUUUGUCCUGCAAUUUUGUUUGCUACCCUCUAGGGUCUUCCUUUGCCUCACCCCCAUAGGGUUCUAAGCAAAAUACCCAGAAUACUACACUUACAGCUUGUGGCACAUUGUUAAUAACACUUAUUCUUGUAAAUCUUAUAAUCAACAAAACAGACAUCCCCCUUCUAUGAAACAUCUAUAUGAGAGCUAGCCAUUUCCUUCUCUCUUUUGUGGAUAAACCUGCAAGGAAGCUGUUUGGUGGUGUGACAUGUGAAAAGCAAUUCUUUCUGAACCUUCUAAGCAUCCUUAUAUUAGCAUGUUGCCUGCAUGCCAUUUGUAGCUGGGCAAGAAUCUUGAAAAAAAAACAAUACACCAUCGCCCAGAAGCAUUACAAUAUAAAAAAUUGUGUUUCCAUAUCUAGUGAAGCAGGCUUAGUUGCUUUUAAUAGUUAUUUCCUUGUUUUGCUUAAUAUAUAGUAUAUUAAGCUAAAUAGCUUUAUAGAUUCAUUUUAGUGAUAGUUGGUACACAAAGAUUUUGUGCUGAAGGGGAGAAAAGUAAAUUAGAAAGAAUUUGUGUGUGUGUGUCUGUAUUUGGCAAUGUUUCCAUGUUGAGAGUAAUAUUACUGGUUGUUUCAGAGAUUGAUUUGCAUGAAGGCAUUUUUCUGGCCAUUGAAUGUGUAUAGUCUUCUAUUGGCCAGAAUAAAAAAAAACAUGUAGAAGGAGAGGGAGAGGGAGGAAAGGAACCUAUUUUAUUACAGAGGUAUAAAAACAGUGAAGUAAUUAAUAAAAUCCUAAAAAUGUAAAACCAGAGCUCAAAAAAUCUACUUGGGUAACAUGACAAAGAACAAUUUAAGCUGUUUUCCUUUUUCCUGGAGGUGUGACAUUUGGAAUUGAUUUCACAGCCUGAUUUUCAUUAAACUGCCUUUAAAAGCUUGAGAUUAUAAGAAGCCAGGAAACCAAGUUCAUAAUGAUGAUUGAUAGCAUUAGUGUCAAGUCUAGAACAUUCCCUCUAGAUGUGGCACAGGAAAUACUUACAGUGUAUGGUUCAAGGGUUCUUGGGUCGUGCUCCCCGAAACAUGCUGCAUUGUCGGAAGAGCAACAGAAAAGUGUGUGCAGGUAUGAACUGUGUUUCCCACAAUUUUAAGAAAUUAUAACGAGAACCAUUUUGCACUUUAUGGGAGCAUGCAGUCAAGCAAGGAGCUACAGCUAAUCCUGGAAUCUGGCCAACUGUACCUAUGUUGAUCACAUGCGUAAGGUGUACAUUUAGACAAUUUAGGAUGACAUCUAAAAUGUAACAGCUGAAGCAGAAAAUGUGUACUUAUUCCCACACUCAGCAACCUAGAAAAAGGUAAAGCCAACCCAGUUUCUUCCUUGCUCACUGACUAGUGCCCUGCACACAACCUGGGAUAACUGGUCCUGUAGCAGUCAGCCGCUUGUGACCCUCCUUUUCCCCCUAUGAAUGAUCCCAGCGGAGUCACAACAGAAAUAAGCUUGCUGUCUGUGAGAUCUACAAAACUGUUUGCUCCAUCUACCAGAAUCCCAUGCUUAACAAGUUGAGGAACACUGAUGUAUUGGAGAGCAACCUAUGCUCCCCCAGGAAUGUAUAUGCAAUUCUGACCUACCUCACCUAAGAGUUGAGAAGGAGCCUAUUCUUCCAUCUGUCCUGAGAUUAAAUGAGAAACUUGGCUCUGAAAAGUGUGAUAUAAAUUAACAAAAUAUUAUUGGACAGUGGCUGGAUCUAGACACAUCAAAUAAGUGUUUCAGUUAAACACGUCGUAAACUUUGUAUGGCGAAAACAGAACUCCACAGCCCUGUCUGGUGUCACCGUGUUAUAAUGCAUAUACAAUACAUAUAAAGCACUUUUUCUUUGCCAGUAUAGCUGAGACUAAUGUUUCAAAGAUCAUACGGGGCUAAGAGGGAAAUUAAACCCAUGGCCACUAGUGACAGGGUUUAAUGGAGCAUCAUGGUCACCACUGCACCACAGCCCUAUCACUUGUGCUGACCAGGAGCAAAGAACCAUACCCCACCUCAAAAAAACAUUGUCUUGCUGUGCCAGCUCUCAGGCCAAUACCACAAAGAGGACUGGAUUGGGCCUGUUGCUGUCACAUGAUGGCACCAGGACUGGCUCUCCCAACCCCUCAUGAUGUGUUUAUCCCAAAGAAGCCAUUAAUGUCAGUCAAAGAGGAAAACCUUGGUCUCUGCUUGUGGUUUAUCUGGCGAGAAACUACGAGCCUGGGAUCAGAUGACACAAGCUAGACCAUAGCUUGCUUCCCAGCAGGAUUGGAGAAGAAGCAAAGCGUCUGUGAUUUCAGCAGCGCACCUUAACAUUGUAUGCUCAUUUGCAUUAAACCAUAGUUUAUUUUAACUAUGGUUUAACGUGACAUGUGAACUAGCUCUGUUUAAAUAGAGAGAGGGGAAAGUGCCAUUGUAGUGACUUCCUUUUCAAAAACAUGUGAAUUGGCCCAGGUGUCUUGCAUCACUUAAGGUUUUGCUGCAAUUACUAGAGCAGGAUUUUUAGAGCUCUCCGUUCAGGUGACAGACUUGGAAAAGCUCAGCUUAGGAACUGUUGUGCUUGUGGAAUUACCUGCUAUUUUUGGCUACACCUGCAGCUUAUUUCCAGCUUUGUCUGAGGUGCAAUUGCUCAAUGACUCAUUUAUAUAAAGAUGCCAAAAGCACCCACAUCACUUAGAUUUGAUUCUGUUCCUUUGGUGUUUAGAAGUAGAUAGGAUCGUCCAAUGAAAGCAGCUAGACAAGUUCUUUCUAAUGAUAUCACUGGGCUUGUCAUCAUUGCCUGUAAGCUAAGGCAUGGAAUAACAGUUACUAUGAUUGCUCUCGUUUUGCAGCCUUUGCAAUUGUAAGAGAUUCCCCCAAAGCCUUCAGAUUUAUUAUUGCAUUCCAAGUUGUACUUAUAAGAUAGUCUCUAGUAAUAACUUUGGGACGUGUAAAUUGUUUGGGGAAUGUUGUCUGUCUCUAUACUAAUAAGUACCUUCCUUGUCAUUUUGGCUGCAUUCACAGGGGAGUUACUAGGUGCCAUUUGAAUGUUUUUCUCAAAUAAAGACCCUAAAUAAUUACCGGGGGGAAGAAGAGGGAAUCACAGAAACUUGGCCCAGCAUAACAAAGCAAGUCCAUGAACUUCAGCAAGCAGACGCAAUGGAAUGCAAGUGUAUAUGUUGCGCCCAUUUCAACAGUGGGUGGAGACAGAGAGGCCCCAUGAUGCUCUUUCUCCCCCAGAUUAAUCAUGCAGUGAAGUGGGAUUGUUUCUGAGGGGGGAAAUGGGAUAUCUAAAAAAGCUACACCUGUACGCUCUGUUCCAAUAAAAUUGUAUUGACAUGUGGCCUACUCAUGAAGGAUGCAUAAUUUAUUAUCUUACUUAAACAUAUAUGUAUCUUUCCCUUACAGAUCAUAAUAGGAGAGUUUUAUCGGAUCCAUUGUUUAAAGGAAACAUCCCGAUCCUUCAUCCAGAACCCCUAUGUGGCAGCUCUGUACAAGCAAGUGGGUUGCUUUGCCUUUGGAUGUGCCAUCAGCCAGUCUUUCACAGACAUUGCCAAAGUGUCUGUUGGACGUUUGAGGCCCAAUUUUAUUGCGGUUUGCCGGCCGAAUUUUACACUAAUCAACUGCUCUCAGGGUUAUAUCCAAGAGUAUCAGUGCUUUAACGAUGACGAAAGCAAAGUUCAGGAAGCCAGGUGAGAACUUUUUCUCUCUCUUUCCAACGGAAAUAGUGUGUUGUGACUUGAAUAAAAAUGAUACCCUUGGUUGCCUACAUAAUCACCUUGAAAAAUGGCAGAGGUACCUGAAUGAAUGAGCAAGCGGGUUGACUUUCUCAACCGUAAAAUUAAAGACGUAAUAGCUCUCCUUUAGUCUUGAUACCUCCAUGCGAGUUUACAAGUCAUUUGUCCAAUUUUUAUUCCCUUGCACUGGGUGUAAUAAUAUCACUGUAAGUCCUGUUUCAAUGAUAGAUUUGCAAGUAUAUUUUCUUAAACAAACAAUGGAUAAUUGUCCAAGGGAAGAACUUAAGAAUGGAAAGGUGAGAAAGAUUAUAAAAAGCUGCUGGGUGGUGGUGGUGGUGGGGACAACUCAUAGAAUUUGAUACACUUAACAUUAUAAAAAUCACUGCUCCUUACAAAGGAAGCAUUUUUUGAGGAAGGUGUAACUUAACUCAGAUAAGCUAUGUAGCCUUGUAGCAAAUAGAUUUGGCUACACAGGCUUGCAAAUAUCUGAGUCCACUUAUAAAGAUAAGCACCUAUAGUUUUGUCACUAAUAACCUCAAAAAAGUAAAGGAAUUUCAGAAAGCUUUUCAUAUCAAGAAAGACAGAUUAAAUUAUAACUUUUUUUAAAAAAACUUGCUGUUCCAAACUGCCUCAAACUGUGAGACCAACUGAUUAUGCAUUAGGAGAUGGUAAAACCUGCUACGUAAGUGCCCUGGGCCGCAUGGCUCCAUGCCAGAAUUUUAUUUAAAAUUGCCAUCUCUAUGAGUAUAUAUGUGUAGGGAGGAGGAGACAUCUUAGAGACAUAAAAAUAAGUAAAUAUAGACAGGCAGUGUGGACUGUUUAAUUUCAUAUCCUUAAGUAAUUUUAAACUGCUGUUCCUGUUUUGGUAUUUUAGGGGGUUGAGAGUUAUACUUGAUUUUAUUGAUGACUGUGCAAAGGUGUUGUUCAGAAAACCAAAGCAUUUGGCCAUUUGCUCCAGCAACAAAACAGGUGUGCUACUUUGCUUCUUUUGUUUUGCAGGAAAUCAUUCUUUUCUGGACAUGCUUCCUUCUCCCUCUAUACCAUGCUUUAUUUGGUGGUAAGUAGGAGGUCAUGUAUCUUUAAGAAAUCAUGUUUUAUCAAUGUUUCUUAAGGCAGUGUGAGAAAUGAGUAAAUGCUUAUGCUGGGCCAAAGUUUUCAGCCCAGCUUUGUUUUUUGACAUUACAUUGGGUGGUAGUGUUCAGGUGACAGCCCCCGCCCCGGACCAAAGAAAUCAAAUUUGAAUCUCUCUCUCUCUCUCUCUCUCUCUCUCUCUCUCUCUAUAUAUAUAUAUAUGGGGGGCAAUUCUAAGAGCUUUUUUGUACAUCUAGCCGUUUGGCUUACCUUAAAGAAAGGUGACUGAGAAAAAUUCUUUUUCUUUUCUUUUUUCUCUUUAAACCCCUUUCCCCAAAAUGUGAAAAACGCUGGGCCCAAUACUACUGCCCAACAUUACCAUAAACCAUGGUUUAUGAACAGGGCUGUCUUAAGCAUAUGCAGUGCUGGGGUGCAAAGAUCUGCCUGGUGCCCUCCCCCCCAGGUUGCCCAGUCCCCGGUCCACAGAAGAGCGGAGCUCGCCGGCUGCCUCAGCGUCUUGCUGGCUCGGUCGCCCCCGAACUCAUGGCGCAGAGCCUCCCGCAGCAGAAUAGCGCCGUGGUGCUCUGACCAACGGGUGGGCUCUUCCCCGGACUCAACUCUCGGGCCCUGGACUCUCAACCUGGUGCCCCUGAGAGCCUGGGGCCUGGGUGCCCCACACCCUGAGCACCUAUGGGUAAGACGGCCCUGUUUAUGAAGGUAGCAAUGUGUACAGAAUGUGCAUCAGAGAGUAACAUCAGACAUCAGCCUGAUUUGUUCCUCAUCUUCGAGUUGGGAAUUAGGACCUAUGGAAUGGGAUUAUGACCUAUAAAACAGGUGUGCUGUAGAGGCAUUUGGAUGCUGUGGUUUCAAGAAGUUGGCGUGAGCAGCCAUAGCUGAGAGGUAGGCAGAGCAUCUGCCUUGCAAGCAGAGGGGACCAGAUUGAAUUCCCCAGCCUCUCUAGGUACAGUUGGAAAAGACUCCUAGGCAGUGUAAGCAAUAAUGAGCUAGAUAGACCAGCAGUUUCUUGUUCCUUUGCAAUGUUUAUCCUGCCAAAAAAGAACCACAUCUGCAUUACUUGUUUCGAUCUCAGUUUCACUAGAAAAAGCAAGAGCAAGCAAAGCUCAAGGAAUGCAAGCCUGCGUGUAUUUCAUUUUGCCAAGAAACAUAAUUGAGAUAAUGUUAGGCUGCUUUAUUUGUCAUUUACCUACAUUGAUUCAAAAUCAUAAUUAUCUGUUUCAUUAGGUUUUUUUAAAAAAAGUAAUCUGCUUUCUGAGUAGCUCUUCAGGAAGCAGGGCAGGUGGACUUACUAGCCCACAUAGUUUCAUCCAAAACUAUGGGGCUGGUCUUGUUUUUCUUUGUCAAUGAAAAAUGGCUCUGCCCUUCCUUUCCUCAGCUUGUUAUGCCAGAGUAUUUCCUGACUGUAGCUGCUGGAAGCAUGCUUGAUAGAGCUUGUGAAAAGAGCACGGCACAGGUCAAUUAUGGGUGGAACUACCCUAAGCUUUUUGGAAGGAAAAGGGAGAGAGAUUUAGGGAGUGAUUUGUGGUAAAUGUAAUUAAGGGAAAGCUUUUUCUUCUUCUGAGACUAUUUCAAAAGAUCUGUGGGCCCUGAAUCUCCUGUAACCUUAGAUAUGAAAUUUGGGGGCAGGUGGGGGAGGAGAACCCAGACCUGAACUUAUAAAAACAUUAAACAUAAGUAGAUAUAUAUGUGUAGGCUUUCUGCAACACAAUUCCUUCUCUUUGCUGCCCCAAAAGAUAAAUUAACACACAGCUCCCUGCUGUUUCCCCUCCCUUUUCCCUUUUACUCUUUACUCCAUAAUUUAAUUACCAUGCCUUUCAGACUGUUUGGGAGUCUGCAUGAAUUUAUUUCCCCAUAUUUUUCUCUCACUUUUCUUUAAAUGUUUCAAAGUUAUUCCGUAAACAUUUACACCAUUUCCUCUCAGCGAUGGUAAAAUAACGUUGGAGGCGGGUGGAUUUGCAACAUGAAAAAGGCUAAAGCUCAUUUUUGGUUCCCCCUCUUCCUUCUUCUUAAAAAAAAUAAGAAUAAUCAUAGCAGAGGCUAAAGCUCAUUUUUGGUUCCCCCUCUUCCUUCUUCUUAAAAAAAAAUAAGAAUAAUAUAGCAGUAGUGAGUGAGUGUGCGUCCUUUGGUUAUAGCAAUGGAGCUGGUCUUGAGGACUUCAGAAUAAAUGGUUUGUUUUACCUAUCACCACUUCCAUUUGCCAUGAAAUGGUUCCACCAUUUCCCACCCUGUAUGUCUACACCCCGCUAAACUCUCCAGGACCUCUUUAGAGGCUAUUUAUGUUCCCUGAUUUUAAAAUUGGAGGAACAGUAUGAAGACCUUCUGUACUGUUUGGACUGAGGUGAAAACAAAAUAGUGAUUAUAUGGCACUUUGGUAUGGUAACCAAAGCAAUUCAUGGAGAAUUCACAAUAGAAUAGAAUUAUAUUAAUGUGUGCUCUGCUCCAUGGGGUCACGAAGAGAAGGACACGACUAAACGACUAAACAGCAACAACAAUUGGACCGAGCUGAAUGUUCUGCAGCGGGGGAGCCUAUUCUGUGGCCCUGCAAAUCUUGUUGGACUACAACUUCCAGCCAUCCCAAACAACAUGGCCGGUAGUCCGAGAUAAUGGCAGUUGCAGGUCAACAGCAAUCUAAGCUAGAAGGUGCUCUGGUAAGCUCUAGCUUAGAUUACUGCAAUGCCUUAUACAUGGGGCUGCCUUUGAAGACAGUUCAGAACUGCAGCCAGUGUAGAUUUCACCAGCCAAAUUGUUGACGGGGAGUAGGAUGUUUGAUCAUAUAACACCAAUCCUGAUCCACCUUCAUUCACUACCAGUUACUUUCUGGACUUAAUUCAGAGUGCUGGUUUAGACCUAUAAAGCUUUAUGCAGCUCAUGACCCAAAUACCUUCUGGACCACGUCUCCCCACAUGAACCUAUCUGGACCCUGCCAUCAUCAUCUUGAGUCCCUUCUUCGUGCCCCUACUGCUAGCAAAGAGUGGCUAGACAAGAACAAGUUUUUUUGUGGUCGCUCCCCAAUUGUGGAAUGCUCUCCUCAGAAAUGCUCUCACUUGGCUCUGUCAUUAUAAGCAUUUAGCACCUGAGGGUGUUGAGGUGAGGGGACGUAGCAUCUUUUGUGCUAUGCUUCUUUGCUUAUAUUCACAGUGCUACUCAGUUGCUUAUUUGGCACCAUUUCCCCCCCUCCCCUGAUGUAUUCAGGGAGAAUUAGCUAGUUGGUGAUGUCAUUCAGGACAAACAAAUCUAACACAGAUUUUUAUUUUUUUUAAAAAAUGUCCUCACUCUGAAUUUGCUUCACUGGUAAUAUCAUCACAUAGCCAAUUCUCACUGGCUAAAUGGCAGCUUCACUGCUCAAUUAGAGGAUUCCUGAUACAAGAGCCAUUGGGAUUGUGAAUAGUUCUCCCCCCUUUUUUUCUGAGUGUAUUGUGACCUGAGGAGAUAGGAUGGGCACCACAUCUGCCCAAAAUGUACUUGGAAGAGGCUCUUUUUAUUUUUGGCUGUACUGGGAAGGGACACUUGUCAGGGGAGAGCAUGGUAGUCCUGAGUACAUUUGGGCGUUUCUGCAAUCAGUUAAACACCUUUCACUCUCCUUCCACCAAAUAAUGGUCAAAGAAAAGGAGGGGCGCAGGCAAUAGGGGGAAAGGUGUUUGUGAAAUGUGCCCAGCUAGUUUGGCUCAUAAAUGUUCAAAUUUGAUACUUGGAAAUGGUGCUGGGGAAAGUAGGAGGCUAGAAUGUGGCAGGGAGCUCCCCAAACAUUCAGAGAAGUCACCUUUGACUUAGAUGAGUCACUAUUAGUUUUGGAUUCAUUAAAGAAAAUGGCAUGUACAGACAAGCAUGUAAUUUCUGCAAAACUGGAGGCUGUCUGUGUGAGUUUCAACUUACUGAAAAUUGGACUCUUUCUCUGCCCCUACCGCUGUACGCUACUGCCCCCACCCAGGCAAUUGCUGAUUCUGAACCUGCAGAGAAGCAAUUUUACAGGCUUUGUGGGCCUGGCACACCGUAUCAUAAAAACCUGCUCUGCUGCUUUCGUACAAAAAACAAAAUGAAAACCACCUUGAAGUGCUGACUAAUGUCAAACUCUCCCACAAGGUGCUAAUUUUCCUCUACUCUCAUUUGACUUCAGGUAGAAGAAGCUGUCACGGUUGAUCCAGUUUUGCCUGUAGGGUUUUCCCUCUUGCACUCCAGUCCUCUAGGGAGUGGAUCUUCAUUAAAUUUGUCAGGGUUGCAUUUUUUUGGAUCCUACAAGUUCAGCAUUGUGCUCUUCGUACUGCUUGAUACAUUUGGGGGCUUGUUUGUUUUUUGAACGAGUCUAUUACAGACUCAUGUUUUGUUCCAGUUAAAACUGUAACAUUUGAAGCAUAUGCUCUGCGCAUCUAUUUUAAGUCUCAUAUAUUAUUUGGAGAGCCGUGGGUUGGUCUCUUGUUGCUCAAUGCAUGGUUGGUUCACAUGGGGUGAGAAAAGGUGUGUGUUAUGGUUUUAGUUGGUUUGCAACAGGAAUCUGCAUUGUGUACUAGCAGUGUGCAUUGGAUUCAGAUGGAUCCUGAAUUCCAAAGGAAAACCCACAAUGGCAUAGCGAAGCUUCUUCACAGCAGUGUUCAGAUGUGCUUGGCCAAAGCUCAUUCUUGACUUAAUGACAUUCCAUUAAGCAAUUGCAUUAGUUUCCUGCUGCUGCUCUCUCUGCCCAGUUCAGACACUACUAAGGCCAGUCCAACAAUACCCACACAUUUACUCUCCUCUUUAUGUGGAAGAACACCAACUACCAUCUAGGUCAGGCUUCCUCAGCCUCGGCCCUCCAGAUGUUUUGAGACUACAAUUCCCAUCAUCCCUGACCGCUGGUCCUGCUAGCUAGGGAUCAUGGGAUUUGUAGGCCAAAAAUGUCUGGAGGGCCGAGGUUGAGGAAGCCUGAUUUAGGUAGUAUUUAGCUUUCUAAAUAAAUGUGUCCCGACUCCAGGGGUUGUUAGAGUAAGCCAGGUAAUGUUGCCCACAGGGUGUUGCAUUGUGCCAGCCAAAUCUGAAAACAGCUGCUGGAUUAAUGUCUUAUAUAACUUCACUGACGUUUAUGUCGUUGUGCCAUGCGGGGUUAGGAAAUAAACUCCUGAGGUGGCCACCUUAAAUGCUACUUGUUUUAGUUCCCAGGGCUGUGCUAUACUUACUCUAACAGCCAGAUGAACAGUGGAGUUCAUGUCUGCAAGAACGCCAAAUAGCAAACUUCUGACUCUAUUUCAGUGGGAUCAUGGCCAAUCUGUUAGUCAUUAGAUAAAUAUCAGUGACUGAUUUCAAAGCCCCAGACUCAACAAAAGGGAAUGAUUUUCCCCCUUUACACUCUUUUGUGUGACUCUAACCCAUCUGCUCAAAUGAGGCCAGAUGCAGGUACUCAUUCAUUUGAAAAUUUCCUACAGUACUUCAGAAACUGUUAAUCAUUAAUGUAAGCAUUUCUCAAUCAGCAGUGUACUCUACAGUGUGUUCUUACUCAUCCCCACAGCAAUUUUUGAUGUCGGUUAGGCAACCCUGACAGCUUUAGAGCUAACACUUUAGAGUUUGAAUAUGGGUCAUGGUUACAGUUGUGUCAAACAGAGCUUACCUGUCAAGGGCUUAUGAGGGGAGUGUGUGUGGUUGACCACAUCUUCUCCCACCCCAAACAGAUUGUCCAGUAGCCUCUCCAUCUUUCCAAAGUGUUUUCAAACAACACAAAAUCUCCCCAGAGCAGUACUAUGAAGUAACAAAGAUGCCUUCACACAGCUGGUACUGGUAGCAUGAGUUUACUUGUGUAAACUUCAUGACACGCAGAGCUUUUUCCCCCAGCUGGAACUCACUGGAACUCAGUUCCGGCACCUCUCAGGUGGGUGCCAUUGCCAUUAUAAGAGAACAAGGGAGUCGUUCAUGGUGAGUUCCAGAACCUCUUUCUAGAAAAACAGCACUGAUGGCACAUGUAUUCAUUCACGCAUGAUAUAAACGUUGAAAAUGGUGGAUUUAGCUGCUUUGAGCCACUGUCUGAAAAUGGAAUGAAAGCCCAUCUUACAACAAACAUAUGUUGUAUGUGAUAUUAUUAUUAUUAUUAUUAUUAUUAUAGCAGCCAAACCUUCUGAAAAGUAACAAAAAUGUAAGCAACUAUUAAUAUUUUUCUCCUCCUCACUUGUUAAGGGAACAUGAGCCCCUCAUUUUUAUUUGCUUGGGAUCCCUGACUAACCACAGACAUUCCCACUAACAUCACUGGAAGUCCCCUGGCCACAGAACUGCUGCACGUUGCCCUGAGAGCGGUCUGCUCUGUGGUGAUGUUGCCACUGCCAGAUUUCUUAUAUGUGAGAGGUUUUCCAGCAACCCUGGCUACAUAUGGCCACGAGGUCAUUGCUGUCUUCCCUCCCUCUUUGGUUUUGUCACACUUAUCUCCUCUGUGCUAUUGGCCGCCACUUUUCCCACUGCAGCUUAUUGGUCUGCAAGUGACAGUUGUUCAUUUCAUGUUACUAUAUAAACACCACACUGGCGCCUCCGUAAACCUCCCACGACUGAGUUAGCAGUAUAUAGAGACUUGAGUAAAAACCACUUGUAAUUCGCUUUUUGUCUGCUGUAAAAACAACUUCAGUUCAGUUGGGUUGUUCGUUUUUGUUUUUUGUUUUUUUACAUAAAGUGUUUGUUUUCUUUAGCUUGGUUUCACUUUAUAAUGAAAACCUUUCGGAUGUAAAGAGGGCAGAAGAUGACAGCACAGGGUGGGUUUUGUGAAAAAGAACACAAGAUCGGGCUAGUUAACCUUCCACAUGCUGCAACUAAAUUUUGUUCAGCAAAUAUGGUGAUUUAAAGUUUCAUCGAAAGAGAAAUAAUUGAUAUUAUGUUGAAGGAUGAUUCUAAAUUGUUUAAUGACUGAAUGGGCUCUUAUACAUUCAGGCUUAGAUAAAACAAUUCUAUGAUUCUGUGAGACUGGUGAAUUCCAAUAGGUACAGCCUCUUUCAGAACUGAAAUGCCAUGGUAGAGACAGCUGUAUCUGGUAAAAUUCUGCCUUGCUUGCAGUUCUUGCUUGCAGGAGCUCUCUUAAGUUUAGACCUGACCUUUCUUCUCUCAGAUUACUGGCAUGCACUGUUUUCUUCUGAAAAUAUACUGAUUGGCUUGUACCAGUGCUUGUGCAUUGUACCAAUGGGAGGUUCAACAAAGCAACUACAUAAAAAUGUCCCAGUCCAGACAUAAAAAUAUUGGACUGAGAAACCAUGGUUUAUUGGCUUAAGAAUGAGCCCAUCCUAAUUCAUGUCUUGAUUUGUAAGCAGUGAUCAGACUACAGUGCCUCGCUUUUCCUCCAACUGUAAACUUUUACUGCAUCAAUUAUACAAGCAGGCAUUGCUGUGACCUUGUCACGUUCAUCUCCCUGCCUUGUGUUAUGGGAAGGCAGCCAUAAUGGGAGGACUUGGCCUUAUUCAGACUCCCCUCACCCUUCAUUUCAGAUUGGGUUAGCCUCCAGCUCCUUUGAUUUGUGGGCAAACGUUUCUGCCUUUCCUGCUGCCUCUUCCUCUCUCUUUUUGGCUUCCCAAGGUUCCCACAGGAACUCGAGGAAUAGGUUGUGCCCACAACUUUCAAGAGGAAACCAGACCAGGAUAAGUGGGGAGGGGUGAGGCAGGAGACAAUACCCGUUUGACAUCAUUUCAGCUACUUCAUUUCAGGUCAAGUCCUUGGUUGGCUGUUGAUUUGUUUGUUCGUUUUCCCUGGCUGAAGCAAAAGUAUCAUUUCGAACACUGUAUUUUAGGUCCAAGGCAUUUUAAAAGUUCAAGUCACAAAGUGGUCACAAACACUGCUAGGAUUUAAAAGCAAAUUAGUAAAAAACCAUAAGAUGGUCUGAAUCUUAAUGCUAUGAUCCAUGCUGUAGCUGCACUUGCAAUAAUAUUCAGCAGUGUUCCAGUUACCUCAUCUCAAAAAGGGAGUUGCAGAUCUGGAAAAUGUUCAGAAGUGGGGAAGCCAAAAUUAUAAAAGGGGGGGGGACUUUCCAUCUGAGAAUGGUGUGCUUUCUUUAUCAAAUUUUAACACACUAUUUGUAAUUGUAUAAACCUUUCUUAUCAGGUAGAAAAAAUGAUCAAGGAAAGACAUAAGAAAGGUUUAUACAAUUAUAAAUAGUGUGUUAAAAUUUGAUAAAGAAAGCACACCAUUCCCCAGUAAUUGUAAUCAUAGGACUGUGGGUCGCUCAUUAAAGUUGGAUGGCAUGACAGACAAAAGAAGUUACGAAGAUUGAGCCGAAGGUUUGAACUUGGGACCCAAAUUUGGUCGACAAGGUGGGGGUUGAAAUUCCUCUACCACCUUUUGCCUACUGCUGACACCUGUUUUGCAGUGUUGGUAGUGACAGCAGAGGCCCUCCCUGCCACACAGCGCUUUUUUCCCCGGGUGCUAUUUUGUUCUGCCCUGAAGAUAGGUUUGUUUUCUGUUUGCCAUAUUGUAAACCUGGCACCAAUUCUGUUCCACUGCAGUCUGGUGCCGACUGUUGCGAGGACAGCAUCCUAAUGUCUUUCUCCUUCCUUUUUUUUUCCCUUUGUAGCUGUACCUGCAAGCCAGGUUCACUUGGAGAGGAGCCCGUCUGCUGCGUCCCCUGCUGCAGUUCACACUGAUUAUGAUGGCCUUUUACACAGGGCUUUCUCGUGUGUCUGACCACAAACAUCAUCCAACAGACGUCUUGGCUGGUUUCGUACAAGGGGCCCUGGUGGCUUACUGCAUAGUAAGUGACAUGUCAUACCAUAGGAUUGUUUCACUAAACAAGCACAUGCACCUUAUCCAUAAGACAGUGAUGCACUAUUCGAGUGUUAAAGCCCAUCCUAAGGGCAGAGAAAAGCUUUACCCUGGCACCAGAAAUGGAGUAUCAGGGCUAGGUGGACCUCACUGGGGAGAGUGUUGCUGGCAUUGUGCAGGAGUUGGUAAAACCAAGGAAGGAUAGACUUAAACAAAGAAGGGAGAAAGGGAUGGAGACUUAAAUAAGGAAAACAAAUGUGCAACGCAGUGUUAGAAACCUAAAAGAUAAACACACAGGAAACAGUAACCUUUCACAUGUAACAUGUGAAGUUCAUGUGAAACAAUUUCCCUCUAAGGAUUAGAUUGGUGAUGUUUAGUGCAUGGAAAAGAGUUCUCCUUGAAUGCAUGCAAGACUGGGCACAUUAGCAGGGUGGUUCACACAGGUGAAUGUGUAAACAGUUACAGCAGCCCCCCACCCAUCCUGAGUUUUGAAACACCUCAAAAGGCAGCUGAAUAUAUAUGUAUUUUCUUUCUUCUCCACUGAUUCCAUUGCUAACCAAACCACUGUUUGCAUUCUGUGAGCAAUGUAGUCUCUCAGUACCCAAGUACAGAUUGAAAAGCUAAGCAGAAAUGUUUUUAGCUCCAGAAAACAUGCCCAGACCAACGUCUCUUUUUGAGACAUCACAACCUUCAGGAGAAAGCUAUCAGAGCUUCACAGCAUAGAGAUAAAGGGUCACAACUCCACAAUCAGCACCAUGCAGUGCUCUGAAUCAGGGCCAGCUGCAUUUUGUGAAGUAAAUAAACCUGGGGAUUUCCAAGCACUGAGUUCCCACAUAAGAUGCAGUUUGACUAUGCAGUUACAGGUAUAGCACUUAUAUGGGAGAUUUGCCAGGCAGGUGCUUACUCCUUCCCAAAACCACCAGUUUUCCCCUACAAAUGACUUGCCCUCCUCACUUGCAGUUGCACAAUCUAGCUGGAAAGAAAAAUAAUAAUAAAACUGCCAGAGAAUCGGGGGGCGGGGGGAGAAUGCAUAAGCACCCUCCAUGCCCCCAGGCCAUCAGUUUGUUUUCCAGCAAGCGCUUCUUCCCCAGUCCUGCAUCUCCCACAUACACAUUGAACCUCAAUUGUAAUUUCAGUGGGUGAACAUCUCCUGCUUACAUUUUACUUAGUAGCAGAAGUGAUAGUCUCCACUAAGUUGCAGAGACAGAGCAACAAUAUUCUUCAAAGCUUCCAUGGCAUUUUUAUUCUUAUUUAUUUCUGUCACGGGUUAAACAAACAAAAGAUCAGCCUGGAAGGAGCUCUUGGAUAUAUUCAGAAAAUACUUUGGGCAACUUUUUCGCACAACGAAACAGUUUUUCAGCUCAGGGGCUUCAAUUUGGGUCAUGUGGCUUUGUCGGCGCUGUGGGUAAAACCUCAGCGCCUAGGGCUUGCCGAUCGCAUGGUCGGCGGUUCGAAUCCCCGCAGCGGGGUGAGCUCCCGUCUUUCGGUCCCAGCUCCUGCCCACCUAGCAGUUCAAAAGCACCCUUAAGUGCAAGUAGAUAAAUAGGUACCGCUUUAUAGCGGGAAGGUAAACGGCGUUUCCGUGUGCUGCGCUGGUGCCGGCUCACCAGAGCAGCUUCGUCACGCUGGCCACGUGACCCGGAAGUGUCUCCGGACAGCGCUGGACUGUUAAGUGAGAUGGGCGCACAACCCUAGAGUUGGACACGACUGGCCCGUACGGGCAGGGGUACCUUUACCUUUUAUAUGGAAGGCUUUGACUAAGCUCUCCUGUUAGUUGCUCUAAAAACUUUGCCAAAGGGUGGAAGAGGACAGAGAGAAGAAGAAGAAAAAAGCAAUGCUAGGGCGCAGUAGGAUGCAGAUGAACUAAUGCAUUGCAGCAAAAACGCUUCUGACAGACAAUAAGGGUCUCGAUGCAUGAGCAGGACACUUUUCACCAUUUACUGUCCAAUGACAAGUUACAAAUCUGACCCCGUUUUCCUGGCCUGUAAACAGAUGGCAUGUUUUACUGGGCCAGAGGAGGGGUGAGAGUUCGGCUGCUAUAGGCUGACUUUCCUGUGACGAGAUAAAGGCCACGGAGGAAGCAGCUGCCUGAGAAACACCACGCACAUGUACACCACUUCCUUUUUAACCCUCUCCCUCCAUGGCUGCUGCCCUUUCAGUCCUUCAUCAGGAUGUGCAGUGGGUAUUGGUCACUUUUAAUCUGGCCCUUGUGCAGCCAUGGGGGGUGGGGAAACAGACAUGGCUGUAGAAAAGGAAACGAAGAGAGGGGUGACUACUGCUCCCCUACGUCUUCCCAUAAUUUCCAGCUCCUAAGGAAUGGCCUAAAUGUUCAUAAGCAAGUUGAGUGUUGCUUAUGAGACUUAGAUUUAGAAAAGCCCUAGCCUCACCUUUUUCACUGUGCUUUAUAUACUUUUAUGAAUUUAUUUAAAAUUUAUGUCCUGUCCUUUGACCCGGAGUUCUUGCAGUUUAGUUCUCCUGAUUAUUGGCAAUAGGUACCAGUAGCUGAGGCUAGCCUCUAAGGGGGUUGCAGUACUUGUUUCAUCCAGGACCAUACAAGAUCUUGUUUGGUUUGGAAUUCAGAUGCAAUCAGAAUGUCUAGAAUCAAAAUGUCUUUUAUGAAUCACUUUUGUGGUGGCUAUAAUUGUGUUGUAGCAAAUUGUGGGAAAAUGCAAAUCUUAGGGGCCAUUUCCUUCUCCUAUUCACCUAACCAUGUUAAGCUGUUUGCUAAAAUGUUCCGGAUCCAAGAAAAGUCUUUUCUAAUAUAAUGAAUUUAAGAAGGGCAUCGAUCAGUUGAAAUGGUGAGCUGCCAGCUUACAGCAUCAUAUAGCACAUUCCCUGUCGUCUGCUGUUGAGUUUUCUUUAUGGGUGGAGAGCACCUUCCACAGGAAGUGGCAUAAAUCCAAGCAAAAACACUCUGUGCAUUUACCCCUCUCUCUUUUUGUGUUAAGCAGCUGAAGCAUUAGGAAGGUUUAACACACUGUUCUAACCUUACGAGAUCAUGUUUCAUGAUUUCUCAAAGUGUUUUUAUAACCUCAAACCUUGCUAAAAGUGAAAUACAGUUUAAAUGGGAAUUAACGCCACUACCCAAAUAUCUGAUUUAAAGCCACACACGCCAUGAACUGCAGAGCAAAGGCUAAGAAAGCCAAGAUGACACUCCAUCCAUAACUUAUCCAGUUAGAAAAUACAGGCCAGAUUGAACCUAAUCCCCCAUCUGCCACUUCCACCGUGCAACCGCUACUCACUCCUGCCACAAAUUGAUUUGUCAUGGAGCUCUUGGUAUAGAAUGUGGACAUCGUCGUGAUUGAAUCCAGUCUUAGGAAGUGGGUACAUGAGAGGCAUGGCAUCAAAAUCGCCUUCCAACUCUUGCUUCUGCCAUACUACAGAAAUGGAUGAAUGGGUACAGACAUUUAGCAGUUGUGUUCAAAUUAAAUCAAGAUUUAAAUAUUUCCAAAAUCUAGAAGACACACGAGAGAACACCAAGUAUGCCUAUUCCCCCCCCCAAAAAAAAAAUCAAAGGGACGCUUACAAUUCUCCACCACAAGUUUCUUGAAGUAGUGAUAGAAUACAAGCAUGAACCACAAGUACUGCACACCGUCCAACAAAAGCAAGUAGUCAGAAGUGGUCUUGACUAAUUUAAAUCUCAUUGAUUUGAGUAGGACAGUCAGAGACAGCAUUUGCUGUCAGGAGUUCACAGCUCCUUUUCCUCUCUUUAUGAAGGGCUAGUGUUAUAAUGGGUAAGAAACCUUUUUCUCCAGAACGAAAAGAAAGUCUAGAAUGCCUAUCCAUCUCUAAUAUAGCUUCAUUUGAAACAGGAGACUUAAUAUGCUGACAAUCAGAAAAAAGGAACUGUAGUUUUGGUACAGGAACCCUAGUGUUGCCUUCAAAGAGAACAUGAAAUUUAAAUAAGCCAGGGAAAGAGGUUGGUACUACUAUUUAUUUUUCUUUGGUUGCAGCCAACCAUCUAUUUUUUUCCUGAGUGGAGUUCUGUUUCCUCAGAGAAAUAACUGUUUGCUUCAAUGCUAAUAUUUAGAUGUCAAACUAACUGAUCUGGGAACAUAGCAAGACAAUUGGAAGCCUGAAUGCAAACAUCUGCAUCCAGUAAAACAAGCAGUCUCUUUAAACAAUCAAAUGCUUUGUGAUUUCUCACUCUGAAAAGCCUAGUAGCCUAACUAAUGGAAGUCUCGGGAAGUUGAAUUAGGAGCACAACUUCUCUAAAAGCAGUAUAAAAGCAAUGCUUUUGGUCAUAACAUAUGAACAAUAAUGCUCUUGCUGGACACAUUCGCUGGUGGAAUAAGAGCCUCUCACACAUUGGUUACUUCAACUGCAGAACAGAGUGAUGGGUUUUCGUGGAAUUACAUUUGUCAAUAGAUGGGCAUAUUUCAUGGAUCAGCUGUUUUAUUUAACCCCAUUAUCUUUUCUGUACCUUGUUUUUUGGGGAUUCCUGGUAGGCAGGAUGAAGAGGUAGUUGUUAAUGGGGCACCUUGCACCAAGGGAACAUUUUGCACAAACUAUUCGAUCACAAACUUCCCACCUGUAAAGUCAGCUAUGGGUCUAGAGUUAUGUAGCCACACGUUCUGCUUUUCAAAUGUGCAGUCUAUGUUCUGGGGAGGUGCGCUGCUCUUGUUUGAGUCGUGAGUAGCUCUUGGGUUAAUUGGAAUCCCAUUCUGCAGCCCCUGUGUAACUGCAGGUAAGGUGGGAAUAAAUUGCCUUGGGCUUUCCAUUGACUCCCGUCAACAUAUACAGUAUUUAGACGGCAGUCCAUAGCUCCAGUCUGCCUACCAAAUGACACUGGCAUCAUUUGUCCGGUAUGUUCCACUCACUCAAAGUAUUAGAUUUACACUGACAAAGUAUUAGAUUUACAAUAGAUUUACACUGGCAGUAGCCUGCAGAAAACAGGAUAUUUUGGGGGUGGGGAUGAGCGAGCCCACGUCUCACUGUAUCCUCAACCAUCCCAUGGCUGUCACUUCUUGACACUGGGCCCAGUUACCACAAUGCUCACGAAAUUGGAAAUUUAGUAGUAAACCAAUUGUCAUCCAGCCAGUGAACAAGUCUGUAGCAGCUUGUGUGAUUGUUGUUGUAUGUAAAUAUAUGUGUUUAAUAGCUGGGAUUUGUUUGUACCAAGCCUCUAGCAUUGAAUAGCAGAGAUGAGCCUUAUUCUCCUGUCAGCAGAGCCUGCAUUCUGUCUGACCCUUUUCCUUUCUGGCUUCAGAGUUAAAUUUUGCAAGGGAGAAAGUACAUCAGUCAUGCGGGACUUGAUACGAUUUUGGCUGAGGGAGGAUGUCAAAGUUUCCUCCCAGGGCUUUCCUAUUGUGUGGCUGCCUCUCUGAAUUGUCAAGUGGGAGACUUUUCACAUCCGUAAGAGCGGAUACGUCAUUGAUUAUUUCAGGGAAAGGUGGUUGGGAAUAUCUCUUCCUUGACACUAUUUCUUUAAAAUGACAGGACAGUCAUCCUGACUAAGCUUUAAUUUUCUAGCUGUGAGGAAAGGGCAGUAGGGAAGGGGAUGCGGGUGGGUGGGAAGGCAAGGAAAUAUCAAGCUACCCUGACUGACUAAGAAUUACGGAGAAUUGACUCCAAAGGGAAGUUUAAUUUUAGUCCAUUUAAAUCACCAGAGGAAGCGAAGCCGUGUGAACUCUUGGUAUGGAUGUUGACAGCUUCUUGAUUGUGUGCCGGGUUGUUGUUGUUUUUUUAACUGUAAAUAACAUUUUUUAAGACUUCUGUAUUAAGAAAAUUCCCAUCCCCUCAGUACAUCUCCCUUCCACACACACAGUGAAUGUAUUUGAAUUAAAAUAGUGAAAGAAACCAAUGGGUGCUGGGUGAGAUCCAGUGGAAAAGGAAAGGCAGGGAAAGGCAUUUUCCAUAUCAGUAAAAAGUAGGUGAGAAGUGAUACUCAAUCACACUGUCCAAUUACAUUAAUCAGGAUUUUCUUUCCUGUUGGGCACUCUUAAGAGGGGCAUCCCAGGCGUCCCAAGUUCCAGAUAUUUCUUGCAGAUUCCAGAUAGAUCUCUUGUCCCUUUCCCCCUUUUCGAAAGCAUAAUUUAUUUUUCUUUGCUUACACAAUGCCAGGGCAUGCUGCAAAUUUGAUACCAGUGAGAUCCCCACCAGGACCACUAGACAUUUAUGCAAAGUUGUGCCUUGGGCCUUUGUCCCUGCUAGGUAUCUAGCAGUGCUUGACGCCUGUGAAAUAAUUGUUUGCUUUUUUAUGGACCAGUCUAGAAGACCUUCCGUCUGAUUCACAUUAUAGCAGGAUAGUGUAACUUCAGAACUGUUUUGCUUAUUAAUGGAGGAUUUAGAUUUCCUUUACAUAAACCGGAGCAGGUAUAAAAAUCUGAAUAUUUAUAUUGAAUGCAUAUAUUCAUUUUAUUUACAGGUGUUCUAUGUCUCAGACCUCUUCAAGGAGAAAACAAAGAUUUCUCUGCCCCCACCUCCAAUCCGGAAGGAGUUACUUUCACCUGUGGAUAUCCUUGAUCGGAACAAUCAUCACAACAUGGUGUAGACAUUUGACAAAUAUAUAUUUUUUUGUUUUUGUUUUGUUUUUGCAAAAUGACUGCUGACAGCAACUACCUGCUGCUCUCAAUCUCAUCAGACAGUAGAAUGUAGGGAGAGACUCUUGCCUGACCAAUGAGGUCUGACUCUGUGGCCUUUUUUACACUCACAACAUUUGCAUAAAAUGGGUGUUGUUCAAGUAAGUCAAAGGCAACAAUUACGAAAUAAAUCAAAACACGAUGCAGGAAUUCUAAAUGUGCAAUUGGCUGAGUGUUCAUGUUGUAGUGAAUGCUGAAUUGUUCAUAGCUUAAUGAACACUAAAUGAUUUCUAGGAAACUGGCCAUCUCUGCUUCUGCUUCUUUUAUUUGCCAUGACAGUUUUCAAUUCCUAUUAAGUGAGAGAGGGGAGAGAAAAAUCCUUGCCAACUAGAUUAUAGCACUAUCUAUGAAAAAUAAGCACUGAUUCAUGAUUUGUGAUCACUUUCUAAGUGUAACCUCUUAUUUUAUUGGUUUUCUUUAUCUCCAUUCCAAUUCGGAACUUACUUUUGGUUUCGGAGAUGUAUACCCAGUAAAAUGUUAGAAAAGUGCCUAUUUCCACUACACAGUUCUGUAAGACAGUAUUUUUCUAUUUCCAGUUAGGUGUAGAAUCCACUUUCUAAACGCAACCCAGCCUGCUUCACCAGUAUCCCUGGUUGUAAAGAGUCAUUCCAUAUUUGUUUUCACCUAUCCCUCACUUUCUGUAUGACAUUCUCCAUGUUCACAAUUAUUAUCAUCACUAAUACUUUGGAGAGCAGGUUGGAGGUGCAAAUAAGGGACAACACAUGAAAUAUGGGACCCAUGCCUCUAAUAUCUAAUGUCAACAGUACUGUAUGAAUUGUCCAGCCUGCAUAGUAUUAUACUUGGUGGCCUAGUUUUUUAAUUAAAAAAAAUCCCCUUUUACCAUUGACUCAAAUAACAUACGGAGGAUACCUUGUUUGUGGUCAGCCUUGUUGAUCUAUGUUAGCACUAUUGGCUCUGGGGUUGAGACUCAGAACGCAACUCCUCCAGCUAUCGGGCGGACUGCUGGGCGGGACCGUCUUAGCCUGAUGUUCAGUCAAAUCCCUUUUGUAAUUCCCAUGGCUUGAAAAGGGAUCAUUUUCGACUAUUCAUUACAGACUAGGCUAAAUGCUGCUCUCAGCAACACCAAGGGCACGCGAAGAAAGUAAACCGGAAGAGACCCGCUUCUAGGCUUUCAGGUGUAAUUCCAAAAGACAGUUCUUAAAAACCUUAAAAGGACUGAACUGCUGAUGCUAACCAGGGCAGACUGACCUUUGCACAUCUUUGCCAUGCAAACUCCGUCCUAUCAUUUCAAUUCUAGCAAGCUAUGAUUUUUUU